AUGAAUUUUAUGCGUCGACCGUACAAACAACAUGCACAUCACAUAUACCAUCAUGAACAGGAAAGAGUACAAAAGAAGACUUUCGUUAAUUGGAUCAAUUCGCACUUAUCAAAGCGUAUACCACCAAUGCGGAUCGACGACCUGAUUUACGACUUGCGAGACGGCACCAAGCUUCUGGCUCUACUUGAAGUAUUAUCUGGCGAGAAAUUGCCAAUGGAACGCGGCCGAGUUCUCCGACGACCACAUUUCCUAUCGAACGCGAACACUGCACUUCGCUUCUUAGCUGGCAAACGAAUCAAGCUUGUGAACAUUAAUGCAGCAGAUCUGGUUGAUGGGAGACCAGCUGUUGUCCUCGGGCUUAUCUGGACCAUCAUCCUCUACUUCCAGAUUGAAGAAAACAGUCGUGCAUUGGAAUAUUUGGGUGGGUCGCGGUGCGCGUCCGUCAUGUCGCAAGAGUCUGGCGCCGCGACACCCACGCACCGCGCAGAGGAUAGAUGGAAGCAAGGCGCUAAGAAGACGUUACUCCAAUGGGUUGCGAAUGCUUUGCCUAAAGACGCAAACAUCCAAGUGACAGAUUUCGGGCCAUCAUGGCGCGACGGUAUCGCCUUUUUGGCCAUCAUCGAUGCAAUCAAAGCGAAUUUGAUCAAUUUAGCAGAAAUGAAGAGAAAGACGAACAGGCAGCGUCUGGAACAUGCUUUCGAUGUGGCAGAAACCGAACUUGGCAUAGCCAAGCUUCUGGACGCUGAAGACGUAGAUGUAGAUAAGCCAGACGAAAGGUCCAUCAUGACUUAUGUGGCGCAGUUCCUGCACAAGUACCCUGAACCUAAGACAACAGGUCCAGACGCAGUGGCGGCAGUACAAGAGGAAUAUGAAAUGUUAAGAAAUUGGCUCUCCGAACGAGUAUCCACCAUACAACGGCAGUAUGACUCCAGGACACUCUCCCGACACUACGAAGACUAUAUACUCGCCGAAAACGAACGUUUAGCCCGACAACCAAUAUACCAGAAACUAGAAAAACUCAUGUACACACAGAGCUUAGUUGCAAUCGCACCGAAAUCUUGGAGGGAACUGGUCGUGCUCUGGAUAGAGUUAGAGAGAUUGCAUAGGAAAUGGCUUUGGCUUUUAGACUCGGAACUGCCCGGUGACUUUAGGACAGUCGGCGAAUGGUUAGCCCGGGCAGAAUACUUACUAUACUUCGACGAAAUACCCACAAGUCUAGACGAUAGAACGGCAGCCAUUAUAAGCGAAAAAUUAGAGGAGCACACGUCAUUCUUUGCUGAUUUACCAGAGAUUAUGAAUAGAUUCGAAGCAGCGUUAAGAUCUCCCGAAGCGUCUAGCAUACCAGCUGAGAGACUCCAAUAUAUGAAGGAACGUCUUCAAAUCGUAGAACGAGCUGCCCCACAAAGGAAAGCUAGGUUAAAGUAUUUAGAACACAAGUGCUGUAUUGUAGCCUUCACCGAGCUCACCAAAGCAAAGUUAGCCGCCUGGACGGGCAAGUACGGGAGGGUUGAUCACGCUCGUGCCUUACUAGAAGAUUAUGAUAAUUUUGUUACGAAAAAUAAAAUUUUCCAAGAGUUUGAUAGAGCGUAUAUUGAUAUUAAGCAAGUAGCUGAAGAGUAUAAGCGGGUUUGUGAAGUCGAUAGGACCGAAGCUAGGGAGAUUGACUCGUUUUUGAGAGAAGUUUCAGAGAAUUGGAGAAGAGUCUCCUCUGAUGUGAGAUGUGCUAGAAGUGUUUUAGAAGAAGUCAUAGCUCAUUGGGAGAGGUGGACAUCUCUCUCGGACCAGUUCAGCUCUUGGCUGGACAAAGCCCAGCACAUGCUUAGAGUUUCUGAGGAUGAAAGAUUGGAGUUUUUCCAGGAUUUGACUGUUUGGAAAGAGAAGCAUCAGCUCUUAGGGGAUGCUGCUGGCUUCCUAGCAGCGACUUGCUCUGAAGAAAUAACUACAGAAGUAAAGAGAAAGUACGUAGAAAUCACUGAACGUUGGGAACGUAUUUGGGAAGAAGCUGAAUGCUACGUGCGAGGCGGAGACACUCUCCGCCACCGGCGCGAGCUGGCGCAGGGCACGCAGCGGCUGGACGCGUGGCUGCUCUCCGCGGAGGGCCUGCUGGCGCGCCAGCCCAAGGCCGCCACCGAGGACAUACAGGCGUACAUUGACCAACUCCUCAAGCUCAACUCCGAGAUCGAGGAGCAUGAGGAACUGUUCAAGUCUAUCAGCAGAACAUUCCAAACGGCGAUCGCGUCGCUCCCGAGGGAGGAGGUGGAAUCCAACAUGGGUAAGCUGAAGCAGCAGAAGGAGUCGCUGGUGCGCGUGCGCGCCGGCGUGCCGCUGCGCCUGCACGCGCACCGCCAGCUGCUGGCGGCGCACGCGUCGCUGGAGGCCGGCCAGCGUGAGCUGGCGCGUUGGCUGCAGCAGGCCGCCGACCGGCUGCGCCCCGCCGGCACCGCCAGGGAAGUGGUAGAGACUCUCUACGAAUCUCACCGUAGCUUCUUCUCCCGCACCACGUACUACCGCUCGAUGCUGGAGAGCAAGAAUAAGGUGUUCGAGAACAUCGUGCACGCCGCCACCACCGACCGCAGCGCUGACGUCGCCGACCAGCUGCACCUCAUGCGAGACCUCAACGAGCGAUUUGCCGAAAUAUCCUCCGAAGCGACCAAACGUGAAGCAGAGUUGCAACGGCUCGUGCGUGCUUGGGACGAGUUCGAGACCAAGAAGCGCGCUGUGGAGGAGUGGGCAUCGCGUGCUGAGGCGCUGCUGGCUGAGCGCGCUGACUCCAAGCAGGCCGUGGACUUCCACAAGAGGUUCUUCCAGGGUGCUGAUGAGAGGGCCGUGUCUGAACUUGUUAGGUCUGGACGGGAGCUUAUUGAGCUAGUGAACGAAGAAGACCGACCCAAGGUAGUGCAGACGGUGGAGGAGCUGCAGCGGCGCUGGAAGGAGCUGCUGGAGCGCGCGCCGCCGCACCUCAUGCGCCUGGAGUUCCGCCUGGACGAGGCCGUGUUCCAUCACUGCAUCAAGGAUAUCGAGAAGGAGAUCGUCUAUGAGGAACAGGCCUACAACCAAAGCGAUGACGCCGACGGUAUCUUAAUACGAAACGAAGAGUACUUCCGUAACCAAGGCAAGAUAAUGCAGGUGGAACAAUGUCUUCAGAACCUCAAAAAGAUCUCCCACAGUUACACAAACCAGACCAACGACAAGCAUUUAGAAGAAGAAGUUAAGAAAUGCGAACAACAAUGGGAGACAACAGUCCAUAGAGUAGAACACUUCAGACAGCAGCUACAAAGAAUACCAGCGAAAUGGGACGCGUAUAGAGAGAAAUUCAGAGAAAUGGAAAAAUGGAUGGACCACGUUGACCAGACUAUGGACAGUAUUGUAAGAGAAGUGGACUCUGCUGAAGCUUUUGAACGGGAGAAGACUAUUUUCCAGAAUAUUUGCCGCGAAGCUGACCGCAAACGUGAAGAUAUGAAAUGGUUAGUCCAAACAUUGGACAUGCUUUCCCACCAUUGCUCUGACACUGAGGCCCAGGAGGAACAACUUAAAUUAGAAAACCUCAUAGCUCGUUACAAGAAUCUCAUACCUACCAUUGAAAUCACUAUGAUAAAAACUGAAACGUACACAAGAUGCUAUACUUACAGACGAGAGGUACACGAAGUUAUCUGUAUCCUAGAAACCGCUAAACAAAAGGCUAAAGUAGAACCCGAUCUUCAAUCAUUGCAACACGUCGAACAACUAGUCCUCGAACAGCAAGCAGCUGUUCAACAGUUAGACAGACAGCGACCUUCUGUAAUGUCCAUGUUACACAAAGGAAAAGAACUUAUCAAAGACGCGAAUGCCCCAGCAUUUGUAAGGGAAGACGUACGAAACUUAGAAACUGGAUGGACCACAGCAUACGAUACUAACACAGAACGUCUGCACAAACUUCGCGAUACACAAAAAGUGUGGUCUAAUUAUGAAUACCAAAAGGAGGAAUUGCUUUCUGAUAUCAAUAAGAUUGAAAGUUACGUCGCCCAUCCGGGUCUAGAGCUCGGUGUCACAAAUAUUAGUAGAGAAUUGCAAGAAACAAAAGUCAUAAACACUGACUUGGAACGUGCGAAGGCAGAGAAACUACCACAACUCCAACAGACGUACGCAGAGUUACAAAGUUUAACCGCGAACAAACCGAAACCUGUCAUUGAAAAGGAUUUACAAACAAUCGAACACAAGCUAGAAAGAGUUCAGGACGAGGUGCAAUCUAAAGUACAUCAUCUUGAAAAGUUCAACGACGAAUGGGUUAAAAUUGAGCAAAAAUUAGAACAUGUCCGCGAAUGGAUUAAGAAAGAAAGUCCUAUACAGAUAUCUCAAGUUCAGUCAGAAAAUAUUACACCAGAAGAACGCGUCGAAAAGUCACAAUCCUUGCAGAAAGUAAUUGCUGAAAAGUUAGAAAUUGUCAGAAAUGUUGCUGAACAAGGAACCAAGUUGGCCAUAGAACAUCGCAUUCAAGAUGCAAAUAAACUUAAAGGCGAAGUCGCUUUGCUUGAAAAAAUGAUGGCAGAUUUACAACGUUCCAUCGAACACCAAACUAAAGUCGUAGAACACGAUCUAGCAAGUUGGCAGAAAUAUCAGAAAGGGGUUGCAGAAAUUAAACCAUGGAUAGAGGAGGCUGAGAUCAAACUAGGAAAUGUUCCUAAGCCAACAACACUUCCCGAAGCUCAGCAGCUUCAACAACAAUCUAGAGCCCUUAUUACAGACUGUGAAAAACAACUUAUGAACUUACAAAUUUUAUCCAGCGUCAGUCAUCAAUUAUCUGGAAAAACAAGCGCCCCAGAUGAAGUCGAUGCUAUACAUUCUAGAUGGGCUAUUGUCCAUGACUUGGCUGAUCAAUGGAACAAUAAGCUAGAUAAACUUGUUACUAACUGGGAAAACUUUGAACGAGAAGCUGAAAAAUUGGAAAGUUGGAUCGAAAAUGGAGAGAAACUCCUCAGUACACGUACCGUCAAUGUUGAAACCCCACAAGUUGAAAAAUUAGAUAGAGAACUAAACAAACUAAAAUCAUUCGGGAACGAAAUUUCUCAGCAACAAGCUAAAAUAAUAAGUUUAUCACAAGUCUGUGAUACCAUAUGUCACAGCGUUCAACCUGAAGGAGCAACAAUUUUGAAAAAUAAGGUAGGAGAUAUCAAGGAUCGCACGAAUGCUCUUGCUGAUACUGUAAGAACUAAAGUAAAUGAACUAUCUGAUAAGAUUAUCGUUCGACAAGAGUUCCUCACUAAACUUCAUAAUUUUGAUAAUUGGAUAACCGACUUCCGAAGAAAGACGGAAAGCUAUGAUCAGAUUAGUACAGACAGAGUAGAACCGACACUUCAGUCAAUGCAUGUAUUACUCCAAGAGCACGCAGCGAAAGUUCCUGAAUUUACUGAUAUUUACAAUGAAGUUAAAAAUAUAACUUUGGCGUCCCACCCAGAAGAGACUAGAUCAUUGAGUGACGUAUAUUCCAACAUUGCUCAACACUAUCAGAUAAUUGAAUCUAAUAUUCAACAAAACAAGGGUAUCUUACAGAAGUGGUCAGAUUUAUUAAACUGGUAUGAAGAUAAUAAACAACAGCUUGGCCAUAUCCAAUAUCAGAUCGAAGGUCCUAAGCUAACACCAGAAAGCUAUGAAUCUCUUCGUCAAGAGCUAGUCAAUAUUAUAACAAAAAUCCCAGAAUGGAAAAGCAAUGUAGCCUUAUUAGAUGGACCAUCUAGAAUUAAAGUGACAGAUCAAAAUACUGGCCGAAUCAUUCCGCCAAACAGUUUAGUCAAAGAAAUCGAAAUGAAAGCAGAUUCAUUACUGAAUUUAGUUACAUCAAAGCGUGAUUUAGUACAAAAAGUUGGCGCUAGAUGGGAUAAGUUUAACGUACAAAAUAAAGCUUUAAAUGAAAUUCUACAUAAUGUACAGUCUGUUUUAAGUGAAAUGUCUCAGCAAACCGUCCCGUUGACUGAAGCUACUAUUCAAGAAAUGACUGAAAAAUUAGAUAAUCUUGACAGUGAAUUAAAGGAAAAGCAAGCAGUAAGAAAAGAGCUUAGAGAAGAGGGGCUCCACUUGAUGAGAGAAGAUCAGCCCAACAUGGGCACAAUCCAGAAUGCCCUUACCACCGCUGACCACAAUUGGGACCAAGUAGUAAACUCUGUUCGUGACACUAAAAAUAAAUACAUACUUCUUUCAUCUACUUUGCAAGAGCUUAAGAAUUUUACUGUUGCUUUUGACAGGGAAAUGAGUAGGGCUGAGCAGUUACAUAAUGAAUGUAAAGAUGCACCAAAUGAUUACGUACAGACUGCUCAAUUUUUAGAUAAAGCGAAAAAAUCCUAUGAGCUCCUAAAACGAUCAAAGGGACUUCUAGACCAAAUGGACGUUAUUAAGCAAUCACUUCUGAAACAAGCAUCUACAUUAGGUGGUUUUGACACAAGUCCUUUAGAGGAUGCGUUUUUGAAUUCACAAACACACUGGGAAAAAGAAAACGAUGCAAUUAUAAAAAGAAUCCAAGACUUAGAAUCUCAACUAAUAGUAUGGAGACAAAUUGAUGACACUAAAAAUCAAGUGGUAACAUGGCUUAGUGAGACUGGACAGAAUCUAGCAAAUGCUUGUGAUAAUUUAGAAAUAAGAUUUGGCCAGAAUCAUCUUAUGAAAUAUAAAGAAGAAUUACCAAUCUACUUGAGCUUAAAGAAUAGUAUGAAAGCUAAAUGUGAACAAAUAACAAAUCUAAACAAAAGCAUUCCUCUGGGCCAAGUAUCUUCCAUAAUUGACUAUCUCGAUAACGAAUUCGAUGCACUGCAUACAUUAGCUGACAAUUUGGAAAGCGCGGUGUCGUCUUUAGAAUCUAGGGAGAACAAGUUAAAAGAACAAAUCAAACGACUCUCUGAUAACGUCAGUAAAAUUCGAGAUGAUAUUAUAAAAUGUGACGAUAUGUCAGGUGAUAAUGCUAAAAUACUCGAUCGCCUCAAAAAAUGUCAGUCAUGUAAAGUUGACCUUCAGAAUUUAAGUGAUGAAAUAGACAACGUUGCUCAAAAUGUAUCGGAAAUGAACGCUAAUUAUCCAGGAUUCUACGAAUCUUUAGUCCCCAAAGAGCUUAGCACGUUACAAAAACGGUUCGAAAGUGUGCUUAUACAUGCAAAUAAAACUGAAACAACCUUACUUACAUUCCUGCAGAAAUUAUUUACUGACAAAUUAAGCAUGUUUAAUAGGAAUUUGAAAAUCUUGGACGACAAGACGAGGUGGUGUAUGCCAGACGUCAAUAGUGAUAAAUAUAAUUUAGAAGUCAAAAAUGCUGCUUUAGCAGAUGUAGAAAAUGGAAUAUCCGAUUGCAAACAAAAAGUAGUUGAUCUUAAAGAAGCUUGUGAAAUAUUACGUGUGGUCGCGGAACCAGCAACUGCUCAAGAGGCAGCAUUACAAACUGAAAAAGCUCAAAAGAAUUUAGAGGUCCUUACUUCUAAUUUCGAUGAAAUUAAAAAACGAUUACAAGAGAACCUUGAGGCUUGGCAAGACUAUGAAACUCUAUUAGAAAAUGUUUCUGAAUGGCUAAAAGAUAAAGAAAAUCGUAUUCGCCAAGAAUCUGCAACUCUUAUAGACGUUAAUGAUAUUGACAAUAAGAUUUCUGAAAUUGAAAAAAUUAGGCAAGAUAUUAAAGAAUAUGGAGUAGAAAUGAAUAAACUAGCCGACAUAGGAGAAAAAGUACUAUCACGCAAUCCUGACUCAAGAGUAUCACAAUACAUAAACCAUUUGGAAACUAGAUAUCAAGCAGUAACUAAGUUUAUGGACAACCAAUUGAAUAGGCUAAAAGAUCUGAAGAAUAAUAAGAAUAAAUAUGAUAAAUCAAUUGCCGAGUUCAAGAACUGGCUCCAAGAUGCCAAUGCCAAAAUUGCAGAUAUUGCCGCAUUGAGUAAGCAUGCUAAGCCUUCUGCUGCUGAUUUAGAACAAGUGAAAAAAUUGAAUGAUAAUAAAGAAAUUGGACAAAAAUUGCUAAACAGCGCUAUAGAAUCAGGUGAAGCACUUUUCAGUGGGGUAACUCCAGAAGCUCGUGAACAGAUAAGAAACGAAUUAAGAGCUCUAAGAGAUUAUUUCGAGGAUUCCGUUGACUCACUCAAUAAUGUAAUAAAAGAUAUUGAAACAACAAUCAAUAAGAGGUCUUCCUUCGACGAUACUUUUAAUCAGGUACAAAAAUGGAUUAGUGAUAAAGAAGUAGAGCUAGGGGAAUUUAAACUUUCACCUACUCUUCCAGAAAAGAAAACUCAACUUCAUACUACUAAAAUUUUACACCAAGAGGUUGAAUUACAUCAAUCAAUGCUUUCUCAACUCACUGAAAAACUUAAGCUUAUGCCCGAUGAUGAUGCUGAGAAAAGUCUUAAAAACAUCAUUGACCGUUACAGAAAUAUGUCAACAGAACUUGCUAAUCGAAUUUCUAAGUAUGAAUCUCACGUUUCAGACCAUGAUAAAUAUGUUCAAAUGUUUGAAGAUAUACGUGAUCGUUUGAAUCAUGUUAUUGCUGAUAAUACUUUAGUUAGCUAUGCAGUAGUUUCCCAGAAAGAAGAUGUUGACUCUAAAAUCAGUGCAAUUGAAAAAAUUGUAUCAAAAGCGCAAGAAAUUGACAAUGCUUUAGAAGGCUUGAAGUCACAAUUACAUACUGUUUUAGAAACUACUAGUCCUAAUGGUCAUCCACUACUCAUAAGUGAGUUUGAACAGUUAAAAACAACGUGGGACCAAUUUGCAAAACAAUGUAAAGAGCAAGAUAUGAAGCUUAAAGAUACAUUGAAACAAUGGAAUGAGAGUCAAAAAACAUUAGAUGAAUUGGAUGAAUGGCUAAAGCUUAAAGAAAAUCAAAUUAGAGAUCAAAGCCUUAAAAGUAAUCUCGAGGCUAAAGUUGCACAUUUACAAAAAGUGAAGGAAAUUCAAAGUGAACUUGCUUCCAAGAAUGCUGAAUUCGUUGCUCUGACUGAUAAGCAAAAUGUAUCUGGAGAGUCUGAAUUGAUAACGAAAACUUCCAAGUUAGCUACGAGAUACCACACACUAAAUAACCUAGUUAACGAAAUCAUAUCCAAAUAUGAAGUUUUUGUAUCUGAACAUCAAACUUUCGAAAAUGAAUAUGAUAAUAUGGAAAAAUGGCUUACGGGAAUGUUAGGUGAUCUCCAAGACUUAAAUGAAAUUGUAGGAGAUUAUGCUAUUUUACAGGAAAAACAAAAUAAAGCAAAAGAACUUUAUGAGACAAGAAAUAAGAAAACUCCAGCAUUCGAAGAUUUCCUUAGUCUAGGUGAGAAACUGUACACUCAUACAAGCCCAGAUGGUAGAGAGAUAAUUCGCCAGAAGAUUCGUAAAAUAAGAACGUUGUGGGAUAGUUUUGGUGAUAGCUUCCAGGAAACUGUUAAUAAGUUAGAUCAAUGUCUUUUACAAUUUUCCGAUUUUUCAUUAGCUCAAGAACAAUUAACUAAAUGGCUUAAAGAUGUCGAAAAAGCUAUGCAGCGUCACACUGAACUAAAAACGUCUUUAGAAGAAAAGAAGGCGCAGCUACUUAAUCAUAAGAUCUUACAUCAAGAAAUUAUGUCACAUGUACAACUUGUUGAAUCUGUUUGUGAUAAAGCUCAACAAUUGGUCGACCAAACUCAUGAUGCAUCCUUGAACGUAUACUUGCAAUCUAUUAAGCAAUUAUUCCAAAAUAUUGUUACAAAAUCACAAAAUCUUCAAGAUAACCUAGAAGACUGUGUCAAGAGGCAUGAAGAUCUUGUACGUCUUCUUCAACAAUUCAGAGAAUGGCUUGGCUCACAAUCUGAAAAACUACUUGAUAUUGAAAAUGCAGUAGGCGAAAAACCUGAAAUUAUAAGAAAACUGCAUUCCGCUGUUACUUUAAAGGAUAUUGAAAAGGUUGGAUCUAAUAAAUUAGAUGAAAUUAGGCAUAUAUUUGCAAGUGUCAGUAAAAGUACUUCGGAGGCUGGAAAUACAGCUAUAAAAAUGGAGAUUAACAACUUACAUGAACAGUUAACUAAAGCAGUUGCCAGUAUUGACACGUCCGAACAGAAAUUAAAACAUACUCUAGAGAUCUGGAAUAAGUUUGACACUUCUAUAGAAUCAAUAACUGGGUGGCUAAAAGAUAUGGAGACCAAGUGCCGAGAUCAAACGUUAUGCUCAACAUUGCCAGAGAAAGAGGCACAGUUACAAAGAUAUGUCGAUUUGCGUAAUAGUAUUCACGCUAAAGAAAAAGAAAUAGAUGCUUUUGUUGAUGAAUCGCACAGUCUUAUUUUAUUAAGUGGAGUAGAAAGAUUAAAACCUCUUGUGAUUCAAAUAAGCAGCCGUUAUCAACAGCUUCAUCUUAUUUCAAAGGAUAUUAAUAAUCAUUGGUUAGAACUCGUUGCUGACCACAAAAAGUACAUUCAACUAAGAAACGAAUUUGAUGCAUGGUUAAAACCUUUAGAAGAACAAUUAUCACAAAUGAUAACAAAAGAAGACAAAUUAAGUAUUGAAAGUAAGGGCAAUAAAUUACAAGUGUUCUUAUUAGAAAGAGAAAAUGGAGAACACAAAAUGGGUAUACUUUCAACAGCUGGUGAUAAAGUUUUACCUGAGACUGCUGCUAAUGGCAGAGAAAACAUCCGCUCAGAGAUAAGAGAUCUACGAGAAAGAUGGGAUAAACUAAAUGAUAGUAUUCUACAGCAACAAAAGGAGUUUGAAUCUCAGGCAUUACAGUGGUCUAGUUACCAAGACGUUUUACAACAAACAUUAUCUUGGCUAGAUGAAAAAGAAAAAAUUGUUGAAGGAGAAGAAAAGAUUAUCCUUAACUCAGCUCAAGAAAUUAAGUCUAGGUUGCUUAAAAACAAAACUCUUUUACAAGAGAUUCACUCACAUAAAAGGGUUAUUGAAACAGUAACUGAUAAGGCUAAAUCUAUUGCAGCAAGCAUACAUUCUGGCAAAGAUGAAAGCGACAAAAUGUCAUCUAUUAUCCAAUCGGUUUGGGAUAGAUAUAAUGCUCUUACUAACAGACUAUCAGGCGUAAUCGAUAAGCAUGAAAAUGCAUAUGAUAUUUACCAACAAUUCGCUGAUCAACAAAAGUCUUUACAAGAUUAUCAAAAGCAUUUAUGGGAUCGUUUACAUUUAUUGUCAGAUUUUACGGGUAAUAAAGCAACAUUGCAAAGUAAAUUGGGCAAAAUACAAGAACUUUUAGAUGCCAUUCCUAAUGGAAAUAACAAAUUGAAAAUACUUUCUGAUCUUAUUGAAAGCAACGCGUCAAAACUGUCACCCCGUGGCAAGGAAGGCAUGUCACGAGAAUUAGGAUUACUCAGGGCUGAUUUAGAAAAAUUCACUGCUACAGUACAUGAUGUAAAACGAGGAAUAGAGGAGAAGAUUCAACAAUGGAUAGAAUUUGACACUGCUAAUGACCGACUCCAGCACUGGUUAAGCGACACAGAAAUGAGUUUGAAAACGUAUACUCCAAAGGCAACAUUAGAAGAAAAGAUUGACCAACUCAACAAGUAUCAGGCUAUAUUAGCUAAUUUGAAGAAAACUGAGAAUGAUGUUGAUAAACUCAACGAUGAGUUUAGUGACCUUAUCGAGAAUUGUAACGACACUAGGAUAACGAUGAAUUUACAACAGAUGACAUCACGUUUCCAAUCUGUGCAUUCUACUGCGAAUGAAUUAGUUAAAAAGUGCCAACAGGCUGUUAAUGAUCAUAACGCCUAUCAGGAAAAGUAUAAUCAAUGUACAGAUUGGAUAAGGGCAGCACAACACAAGUUUGAUGAAUGUCAGAGUGACUUGUCUAAUACGCCGGAAGGAAUUAAUGCCAAACGAGAAAGCUUGAAUGAUUUGCUAACCCAACGACGCAAUGCUACUCUACUAGUCAACAACACUUUUGAAUUAGGAGAGAAAUUAUACCCGUCAACAUCACCCGAAGGUAAGGAGUUGAUCGAACAACAACUUCAAGAUAUUCAACAAGCUGUAGAUAAUUUAUACGAUAACAUUACGAAAGCUGAACGUGACUUAGAUUCUGAACUAAACAAAUGGUCGUCAUUUGAUGAAAAUCUUAAGGUUGUUAAUGAAUGGCUGUCCCUAGCUGAGAAAAAUCUACCAAAAGAAAUUGAACUUAAAGCUACAUUGGACGAAAAACGCGGUCAACUUGGUGUCUACCGUAAUUACUUACAAGAUGCUAUUGCCCAUCAACAGGACAUUUCUGAUUUAGAAGUUCGUGCUCAGAGUUUACCUGACGUUAAUAAAAAUAUUACUAAGGAAAUAAACCAGCUGAAGAAGAGGCAUGAUAAUAUCCUAGCCCGUGCUAAAGCUUUUGUAGAACAAUAUGAAGCAAUUGUAAAUAACCAUCAACAAUAUAGUCAAGCCGUUAUGGAUUUGCAAGAAUGGGUCGAAGCCACGCAUAAUACCGCUCAACUUUGGGGUGACGUUAAUUUAGAAAGGGUAGCUCUUAGCAGUAAUUGCGAAAAACUAAAAUCAUUACAAGUAAAUCUUCCGGAAGAAAAGAAUCGGAUUGAUAAAAUACGUUCACUUGGUGAAAAGGUAUUACCAGGCACAAUAACUAGCGGACAAACUAAUAUAAGAAACCAAAUUGACGCUUCUCACCAAGAAUGGGAAGGCUUAGUAUCCUUCAUCAACAAAACAAUUGAAUCUUUGGAAGGUAAAAUCCAACAAUGGAAUGAGUAUGAGAACAUGAAAGAUCAGUGUUUGGCUUGGAUAAGAAAUACGGAUAAUCAAAUUCAUGCUGUAGAUCUUAAAGCAACAUUACCUGAAAAACAAGAGCAAUAUAAUAUUUUCCAAGAAUUGCAAGGUGAAGUUCGAGCUAAAGAACUUGAAAUCGACAACAUUACAGAAAAAGCUCAACAUCUUUAUACUGGUGUACUUGGUCCACGUGGCUCUCAAAUAUCUGAUUUAACUCUAAAAUACCAAACUUUAUCACAAAAAGUUAAGGAUUUGACAAAUAGGUGGCAGCAAUAUGUAAAGACUCAUCAAGAAUUUACUAGCAAUGUAUCUGAAUGUUCUCAAUGGAUUGAAGAACUAAGAGAUAAAUUAGACUUCUGUGCAGACCUAAGUUCUUGCUCGCAAGAUGAUUUAGAGACUAAAUUGGUUCUUAUUCAAAAUCUUCUACUUACAAAAGAUGAAGGUUUUACUAAAGUACAGUCUCUUGUAGAACUUGCCCAAAAUGUAAUGGCAAAUACAGCCCCACCUGGACAUGAAGCAAUAAAUAAUUCAUUAGUUGCCUUACAAGAGCAAUGGUCUGCCUUAUUAUCUAGAAUGAUCGAGACCAAGAACUUAUUAGACGACUCUGUUACUAAAUGGGCUGGCUUUUUAGAACAAAUUCAAUUGAUUCAAAAGAGUAACGCAUGGCUAGAGAGUAUGUUAGCUGAAUUAACUCCAUUCGAAACAUCGAUGUCAGAUAAACGAGCACAACUAGAGAAGCUUAAAGAAGUAGAAGAAAAAGCUCGUUGUGAUCGCUUGGAAGUUGAUACAUUGAAAGCGAAAGCCGCUGAAAUGCUAGCGAGUGGUCAACAAAACUUGGCUGCAUCUAAAGCUCAAGAAACUCUCAACAAGUUUGACACGUUGUAUGAUAAAAUUAAGAAACUUUUAGCUGACCGUGAAGAACAAUACAAAGACCAUAGAUUAUACAAGGAAGCCCAUGAUGAACUUAUUCAGUGGCUAGGUAGGGCAAGAGAAAAAGUACCAUCAUUAAAAUCUAAGCCACUCAGUGACAAAUUGGCCAUAGAGAAUUCAGUUGCUCCCUUGGAUGCUUUGAUUAAUAAGCAGGCUCAAGGUGAACUAUUGCUUGAACAUUUACAACAUACUGGGGAAGUGGUGCUUGCAAGUACCUCACCAGAUGGACAGACUAUAAUUAAAAACGAAAUGAAGGCUCUUAAAGAAAGCUUUAAUCAUCUUUUCAAUGAAAUAAAACAGCAAAAGAGCCAAUUGGAAGACACCGUUAACCAAUGGCGUGAAUACAAAGAUGAAUAUGAGAGACUAUCAGAUUGGUUGCAACAAAAAGAAAUUCUUAUUAAAAAUCACAAAUUGGCUUUAUUAGGCACUGCUAAAGAAAAGGGAGCUCAAGUUAACGAAGUAAAAGAAAUCGUCGAUCACUUACAUAAGGGUAAGGCUGAUAUUGAAAACUUCAAUGCCUCAGCUGCUGGACUACUUUCUUCACAUUUAGAUACAUACGUCAACAACCAGCUUAGACAUUUGAACUCCAGGUACCAAGUGCUAGUAAAUAUGGCAAAUGAUGUACUCAAGAAAGUGGAAACGAAUCAUGAACAACACAAAAACUAUGAUGAAAACUACCAAAAGACCAAGAAAUGGAUUGAUGACGCUUGGGAAAUUACAAGAAUUGGAAGUGAAGCAGGCAGCAACAGUAGCAAAGAAGCAUUACAGAAGCGCUUAGAACAAAUCGAAGAUCUACUGAAACGUCGCGAAGAAGGGCAAAAUCUUGUUCACGCUACUGUCAAUAGUGGCGAGAAAGUUCUAAGAAACACCAGAUCUGAUGGUAAAGACAAAAUCAAUACAGAGCUAAAAGAAUUACAAAACGAAUGGGACCGUUUAGUCAAGAAAAUGACAACAGCUAAAGUUCAUCUUGAAACUGCAUUAUUACAAUGGGCUGACUAUAGCUCAAGCUAUUCACAGCUACAGCAAUGGAUCUCCGACAGAGAAGCUAAAUUACAAGAAGUGUGUGAACAAAAAGUGGCUAAGUCCAAAAAAGGUCAAGACCGCCUUGCGGGUCUUACUACUGGUUUAAGUCUUGGCGAAAGGAAAGCCACACUUCGUCAAACAAACAAUAUUGUUCAGGAUAUCGUUUCGUUUGAACCUAUGAUUCAGUCUGUAACAUCUAAGGCUUCAGAACUUAUGCAACAAGCUCCAGCAUCUGAAAUUACAAGCAAAUAUGAGAGUUUGUCUAAACAAGCUAAGGACUUGUAUGAAAAACAGAGAGAAACUGUGGAACAACAUCAAGUAUUUAUCGAUGCUGGUACAGACUUUGUCCAAUGGAUACGAGCUGCUAAAGAGAAGUUAGGCAAAUGUUCCGAUGCGACCGGUGAUAAGGAAUCGUUAAGUAGCAAGAUCUCGCAACUCAAAGUUUUAGAAAGCGAAUUACCCGAGGGACAAGCGAAACUGCAAAAGGCAUUGGAACAAGGCGAAAUAUCUUGUGGCCUUGCUGAUGAUGAAGACAGAGAGGAUAUUGAAGAGGAAGUAGCUCUUAUGCAAGAAGAAUACGAUACUUACGUAGAACAAUUAAACAAUACGAAAGCUUUGAUCGAGGGUGGUAUCGUCAAAUGGACAGAAUACGAAGAGCAAUAUAAAGAAGCCUUGGAUUGGUUGUCGAAGACUGAAAAACUGGUGCAAUCCUUUAACAAACUGCAAAACAAUUUAGAACAGAAGAAAGUUGUUUUAGAAGAAUUCCAGGGUCACCUCCAAACUCUGUUUGAUUGGCAAGCUGAGCUGGACAAAUUAAACGUCCGAGCUCAAAUGUUGCUCGAAACUUGUUCAGACACGCGAGUGUCCAACGGUAUCACUCAGCUGACAACUAAAUAUAAUGCGUUAUUGUCAUUGGCUAAGGAGGUGAUGAAGAGACUGGAGUUACAUUACCAGGAGCACCAACAGCAUAACGCCCUGUACGGAGAAUGUCAAGACUGGCUCGACAGGACCAGAGAAAAGCUCAAUCAAUGCGCUGAAAUUCCGAAUACAUUGCAAGAAGUGAAUAACAAACUUAACACCGUCAAAUUACUGCGACAAUCGCUGGAGCAAGGUCAAAAUAAACUAAGAUAUUUACUAGAGUUGAAAGAAAAGGUCAUAAUGAACACUGAACAGGCUGGUGCAGCGAAGAUACAGGAAGAUACAGAUAAUUUGAAACAAGAAUUCGAUAAGUUGAUAGCAGAUUUGCAAGACGUUCGCAAUAAACUGACUAAUAGGGCGUCGCAAUUUGAUGACAUUUCAAAGAUCCAUAAAUUAUUAGUAGAAUGGUUAGAUGACAUCGAUCAAAAGAUACAAUCAGAUGACUCUCUCCUCAAUGAUCUGUCCGAGAAAAAGGCGAAAUUGGAGAAAUUCAGAACAUUCAAUCGAGACAUCGACUCCCACAAGGAUUUAGUCAGCAAACUAAAUGAGAAAAUACAAGAAGAUUCAUCUCUGAAGUCGAAAGAAAUAGAGGACACUCUUAAGCGCUAUGAUGAUAUUAAGAAGACCGUUAAUGAUAUGAUUGGGAAACUUGAAGACUACGUGAACUCCCACAUCCAAUAUAAGGAAUCAUACGAUAACUUCUACGAUUGGAUUCGUAAUUGUAAGAUAGAAAUCCAACAAUGCUCAGAUUCUCAUGGAGCUAAGGAAGAUGUUCAGAAAAAACUGAAGAAUGUCAGCAAAAUCAUCAGCUCUUUACCCAAAGGAGAGGCUUUACUUCAGAAAGCAGUGAAACUCAGUGAGGCGGUGCUAGAAACAACUGGUAUCGAGGGCAAAGAUAACAUCAAUCAAGAAAUCAAGCAACUGAAAAUAGAAUGGGAGAAUUUGCAGCAGAUUUGCAAAGAUACUAAAAAGUUAUUGGAGAAGUGCUUGGCCGCCUGGUCUGAUUUCGUGGAGACUCUAAACAAGAUGACCGACUGGGUCAAAGACUUUGACGGCAAGUUGAAGAAUGUUGAAAAGGUUGAUAAAAUAACACCAGAGUAUCUUGAGAAGUGUCGCGAUCUUCUAGCACAAGCGUUAGCGAACAAACACGUAUUAGAAGAACUUAACGAUAGAUGUGAAAAUCUAAUGGAAUUAAGUGCUUGCGCCUGGGUCCGUGACAAGACAGUUAACCUACAAACAGAAUACACGUCUUUACUAACUAAGAUACAAGGCCUAGUUUCCAAUGGCGAGAAGAACCUAUCAGAUCACACUGAGUUCAUAAAAGCUAAAGAAGAUCUACAGAAAUGGCUGCAAACAGCACACGGAACUGUGCACGACUCAAUUGGUGUCGGUGAUAUUGAUGCCACAAAAGACAAAUUAGAAACAGUGAAACUAGUAAGCAAUAGAAUGACGGAAGGACAUCACUUGCUAGUAGUGUUACAGGAAGCUUUUAAGAAAGCUCUUAACAACACACCACCGGAAGAACAAGAUGGUCUACGUAACGACGUCAAAGUCCUGCAAGAAAGCUGGGAUCAACUUAAAAUAGACUUGAACUCAAUAACUGCUCAACUCAAGGCAGCUAUCGGAAAAUGGGAGGACUUUGAGGAAUCUAAGAAUAAAAUGAACAAGUGGAUCAAAGACACCGAGCAAAAUCUUGACAAAGUUCCACCUAACGGUGGUGAGUUGGGUGAAAUGAAAACUUUGCUAGAAAAGUAUAAGCACAUCGAAGAAGAAAUUAAAAAUAAAGCGCCAGAACUACAACGUCUUAAAUGCGAGUCGGGCGAAUUAGCCAGUUGGGCGAGGAAACCCGCAGUCAGAGACUCGGUAUCGAAGAUUGAGAAAAAAUGUGACGCUCUAAAAGACAAAUGCAAUGCAAAGAAAGCAGAGCUCGAAUCAGAAAUCAAAGAUUACAACCAAUACCACCAAUCGCUGCAAGACACAGAGAAAUGGCUUCUACAAAUUUCCUUCCAACUGAUGGCCCAUAAUUCACUAUACAUUGCGAACCGUGAACAGACAGAAGAACAAUUGGCUCAACACGCAGUGUUACUAGAUGAUAUUCAGAAAUACCAAUCGACUUUGGACGAUUUAGAAGCUAAAGGACGUGCUCAAAUCGAGCGCUAUGAGAAAACUACGCCAUCUAUCCGAGAUACCGUUGGAAAGCAAUUGAAAAAUGUGAACGACAGUCAUAAGAGUUUAUUAGCUACAGCGCUACAAAUCGAGCGACGUUUGAGGGAAGGUUUGGCUAAAUUCAAGGAAUACGAAGACACUUUGGAGAGUAUUCUGAACAACUUGGAUGAAUGUGAGCCAGCGAUUACUGAAUUGGAUGUGCCUGUCGAUGGAUUGUCUCAUGGACGUGAUCUAUUAGAUAAGGCUAGAGCUCUGCACAACCGCCUGCAGACGGAGAAGUCGCGUCUGUCGGCCGCGGUGGCGGCGUGCUCGGCGGCGGCGGCGUCGGUGUCGCGGCCGUCGUCGCCGGCGGACAGCGCGCCGCUGCCGGUGCCGCCGCGCGAGCUGCACGUGCGCGCGCGGCUCGAGGACCUCAUCGACCAGGUACAAAGCCAUCUAGAAACUUUGCGGGAUGCAGUAAGUGGUAUGGAGGAAGCUAUGAAGCAAGUCCUUGAGAUACAAGAGUGGAUAAAUGUACAUAGCGCGUUAGCACAUGACUGGCUCUCCAAUCCUUCCAAACUGCGCCCUGAAGCUGCCAAACAAGAUAUCACGGCAAUGAAUGACGCUUUAGUGUCUCUGGCUGAAAAGAGGAAUAGGAUACUUACCGAGAUACCUACUGAAGGUCUAGAAGAUGAGAUAAACCUAGAAGAAGAUUUAGAUGCUCUAGAGCAAACAAUACUAAAGGCGAUAGAAAGAGAGAAGGGCAACCAAGCUAUCAUCGAUGACUUCCGCCACAAAUGCCAAGAAAUCCACGACUGGUUCGACUCAGUGCUUAAGAAGAUGUGCUUAGCUGAUAAAGGCUCUGGGUUACCUUGCCCACAAAAGUUAAAUGCUUUGAAAGAGUUAUCAUCAGAGUUCGGACAGGCGGGUAAAGAUAAAGUGGACGCGAUUAAAGCUGUGGGCGGUCAAGUAAUUAAUAUUGUUAGCAACUUAGAGUCUCAACAAGUGGAAGAGCAAAUGAAGUCAGUUGAGAGAAGAUACAAUGACAUCGCCAAACGUAUCCAACGCAAAUUACAAAUGCUGGAAAUCACCUACAAAGCUAUCGAUGGAACCAAGAGUGAAGUCGCUGCUCAAAACGAAUGGAUGCAAAAAGAAAUCGAUAACAUUCUUCAUCCGGAACCACUCGGAUAUGAUAGCAAGUCUGUGAAGGAACGCCAAAAGAAAAUGGCCAAUUUGCUCAAAGAGACCGAUGGUAAGAAGACAGUCAUCGACUCAUUGGAAAAGAAGGUAAGCAACAUCCAAUCUGAACUAGAACCUUCUGAACAAAUGCAAUUAGAGUCAGAACUAUCUGAGUUAGCCUCAAAGCAAAAACAACUCGCUACACUUAUUAAGCAAGAGAUUGAAAGAUUAGGCGGAUGCGCCGAUAUGAGAAAGAAACUGGAAAAUGACAUCGAAAAAGCCAAGAACUGGCUUAAAGCUAAGUUGGCCGAAAUCAAAAAGCUGGGCGGUCCCGUGCCUUUGGAGGUUGCUAAGGUGGAAAAGGAAAUUGCAGUGCACAAGAAACAUCAAAGUGAGCUAUCCGACUUCCACAAUGAUACGCUAAGUGAAAUCAUGCGUCAAGGCAACGCUGUCUCGAAAGAUUGUUCCAGCGAAAACCGAGCUAAAUUACAGGCUAUACUUGAUGACCUAAACAAAUCGUACACAUCUGCUAAAGUGGACAUCGAUGAGAAACUUGCAGCAUUAAAUAAACUAUUGCAAGGUAGAAACGAUUUCGAGGCAGAUGUCGCUAAAUGUCAGAGCUGGUUGAAUGAAGCUGAAGUGUCAGCAACUCCUGAACUUCGUACCACCAGUCUGCAGUUAUUGGAGGAACAACUGGCCAAGUUUGAGAAACUCAGCAAAGAAGCCGAUGACGUUGAAAAGAACAUAAAUAAAAUUAAAGACAAGUCCAAAGACAUUAUGGACAGCUUGUCUGACUCUAAUAAACUACAACUUAAAGAGCAAGUCAAUGUACUAUCCGACAGAUUUGCAAGAAUAAACGCUAUUAUAAAGGAUAAAAAGAACAUCCUACUUAAGCAUAUUAAGGAAUACAAAGAUGCUGCCGCUAAAAUUGCUGCUGCUUUGGAGUUCUUGAAUGAAAUCCAAAAUAAGCUUAAGGCAUUGAACAAACCGAUCGGCAGCAAAGUUGAAGACGUUCAACCAAUAAUUCAGGCUUACGAGUCUAUUCUCGACGAUCUGAGAAAAAAUAAGGCAAUGCUCAAUGAACUACAGGGAGGUAAUCUACACGACCUACAGGAUAUUUUGUCGAAGCAAGACGAAUUAGUAAGCACUAUUGAAGAUCAAAUAUCUAAACUCAAACAGUUGUUGCUGUUACGCGAGCAAUUCUUUGCGCUUGUUAAAGAAAUUGAAGAGUUCAUCUCUAAAUACACGGAUUUAACAUCGGAAAUCGAAAAAUCUAAUGAUACUCUGGAAGACAAGAUCAAACGUUACGAUGACAUCAUCGGCAAAAUCCAAGGCUGUGAAGCAUUACUCGCAACUGCCACAGAUAAAGGACAACAAAUCGCGGCAGAAGGAACAGUCAUUGACAGGAAUAAUAUAACAGAACUGCUGCAAUCAUUAAAACAACAGUUGCUUACAUUGAGAAGAACUGUCGAAGCUAAACGUCAAGAAAACGAAAGAGCUGCGGCAGAACACAAGAAGAUCGCGGCUGAUUUGUCUGAAAUUCUGCAAUGGCUUCACGAUAAUGAAGCGGCUGUCCAUUCUCGUCCUCUUCUAAACAGAGAUGUUGCUAGUGUCGAUAAAAAACUUAUCGAACACGCCACACUCGCCAAAAAUGUUCAAUCAUAUUUGGACAAAUUCACAAAAAUCGCUGAUAUGAUUAAGAAUGAUGAUGGUCUACCCGGUGCCUUAUUAGAAAUGGUAUCAGAAGGCAAUUCCUUAAAAACAUCUUUACCAGCUGAAUUGGCAAAUCGCGAAAAACAUUUGCAAGACAACAAGAAAUAUAGACAGCAGUACCAGCAAAUGGUGGAGAAACUCAACCUCUGGGUGAACGAAGCAGGUAUACGAUUGGAGAUGGGUAAAAAUGGCACCGAUUUUGAAAACAUUGAAGCUGAUUUAGAAGAACACAAGACUUUCUUCAGUGUAUCUGAACCAGAAAUGAAAGAUCUAGUUGGCAAACGUAUGCAGGAUAUUGUGGAUAAAAUAUGGUCUUCCCUUACAUCUUCUGAACAAGAGGAAUUAUCUAAAGAACACCAAAAACAUAAUCAACUGUUAAAGAAUACUUUGAAUUCGGCGAAAUCGCGUCAAGCGCAAUUAGAACAAGAUUUGGAGAUCUGGAAAGACUUCUGUCAGCUGGUGGAGAAGAUUAAGGCGAUUUUGGAUAAGAACGAUAUAGAAGAAGAACCUGUGACGUCAGUGGACGCCCUCCGCAUGUACGUGGAGAAGCUAAACCACGCCAGAAAUGAUUUGGAGAACCAACAGCCACUGCUCGACGUGGUCCGGGAGCGGGCGCGCGAGCUGUGCAGCGGCGCGGACGCGGCCAGUGGCGAGCGUGUAGAGCACAGGACCAGAGACCUAGCUGAUAGAUGGAAUGUGGCUUGUGAAGGGUUAGCAAAACGUGCAGCAACAGCAGACAAUCAGUUACAACGCUGGACCCAGCUUCUCGACGCUCAGAGGAGCCUGUCUUCAUCUGUAACAUCUGCCAACGACCGCCUCCGUCAGCUGGACGCAAGCCCCGCCACCAGGCGUCGUGCUUUAGACACUAGGCAUACACUACAGGAAUUACAAAGUGAAGUUUCAAGUCUAGAAGAGACUAAGGACGAUCUGCUGGAACACGCAGAUGUAGUGAUAACACUACUGACCCCGCAUUCUAAGGAGGCUGCAUCUGAAACAGAUAGGAAUGUCAAAGAACUUGUGGAGGCGUAUGAGAACGACGGGCGGGCGAAGCGAGCAGAUCGCCGCGGGCCGCUGCCACGAACGACGAGAUUGCGACAGACUAUUGCGGCGAGACUUGCGGAGAUCGACGAAAUUGUAUCCGAAUUCGAUCGCGUGUCGGAGAAGAUCGAGCAGCUCCGGCAGCAGAUCGAAGUAUACAUAGCUAAAGUAGGAACAUUCUACGUGUUCGGAGAGGACAACGAAGGGGAAGUUCGUGAUUUAGCUAAGCAGGUGUCCGAUUUGGUGGGACGGACGAAAACUUUCACUGAAGAGAGUAGGAAACGUUACGGGGGCUCCGCGCCCGCAGACGUGGCGCAGGAGCUAUCUUCACUAGAACUGUCCGCGGAGGCUUUAGGAGCUGCGAUGGAGGAAAAAGAAAGGGAAUGGAAGCGCGCGCGCACCUCUCGCAGUGAAUAUGCGAGUGAUGUCGAAAGCGUGCAGGCUUGGGUGCGCGGGGCGGAGGUCACCGCCCGCGACCGGACUUUACCGCCGGAGCCUUACAAAGAACGACUCGUGGCCACGCGGGCCGAGAUACCUGCGAUAUCAGACCGAGUCGAGCGGCUAACUCGUAACGCCCGCGCGAUAGUUGAGGGUAGCCGCGAUUCUGGUGAACGUCAGCUUAUACAAUCUACUGUAUCAGCUUUAACGGAACAAUUUUCAGCUGUUUGCAGUGAGCUAGAAGCUCGACAAGCGGCGGUAGAAGAUGCCUGCGAUUCAGUAUCUAGAUUUUUAGCAUUACUAGAGAAAGUUUUACUAUGGGUGGAAACGCAGCGUGCUUUCCUCGCGCGACCACUCCCAUUGGCUGAUCUGCAGGAGGCACAACAAAAACAGACUGAAUAUGGGAAUGCUCUUAAGAGUUGUAAGCAGCAAGCUAAAAAUUUAGCAGAUAUGACUAAGGAGUUGGAGGCAAUAGAACGAGUAACUAGCCCUGGAGAUUUACCUUCUAGGCUGGAAUCCGCUGAAAAUGCAACAGUUGAUGUGGAAAAACGUUUAGCAAAAACCAAUGGUUUACUGCAAGAAUUGGCCGAAGAAUGGGAGCGAUGUGAAAAGAAAUUAAAAGAUGUCGGCCAUUGGCUUGAAGCCACUACGAGAACAAUCGAGGCGCCACAAAACGCCAAAAAGCCACUACGAGAUAGACUGGCUUUCAGAGAAAAAUUAAUUAAUGAUAUAUCAACACAGAAAACAAAGAUUUCAUAUGCGGUCGAGAAGCUCGAUGUACACUUCGGUCCAGACGGCGUGGCGUCGCAGUCGCGAUCGCCAGAGGGCGUGCAGAGCGCGGCGCGCGAGCUGGUCGCGGCGCUGGACGCGCUGGCGGCGGCUACCGGCGCGCAGGCGGCGCAGCUGGCCGCGGCGCUGGCGCAGCUCGACGCGUACUGCGCGGACGUGGCGCGCCUGCGGGCCUCGCUGCUGCAGGCCGAGCAGGCCCUGCGCCAGGCCGCGCAGCCCAACUACAGCCCCCGCGACCCCGAUCGUGCCCAAGCACACCAACAGGAAUGUCGAGAGAGAGUAAAGUCGCUGCAAACGAACCCUUUAAAUCAUACAUCCGUACUUGCGUAUCAGGAGGUCGUGCGGCGAAUCGAAGAGCUGACUCGCAGUAUCUACGAGAUCGACCCUUACUUCACGCUGGGUGAAGACCCCGCCAACACGCUGGCCAUGCUCGUGUGUAGCGCAGACCACGCGCGCGCCAACCGCGAGCGACGGCCGGCGACUCUCGCGCCGCCCGAGCCGCCCGCCCUGGGCGCCUGGCAGCCGGGCACCACCUACGCCGAGAUAGUGAAGGGCCACGGAUCUCGAUCCGCUUCCCCCGCAAUGCACAGAAUGCAAUACGACACAAGAGUGUCAAGGGACCCAAGUCCCGAAAUUCAAAGUGAAAAUAUUAGUGACGUGCAUAUAUCUCCCACUGAAAUAGUGGAGCCUAGUGAGCCGACAGUCUUAAGUGAAUGUGAAGUUAGUGAGUGCGAAACUUACCCGAGUGACGCAAAUGUUUACUAUCAAAGUGAAAUCCCUUAUUACUCAGACCAGCAAAUCAAAUAUGAUGAGAGUGAAAUUAAAGUUCCUCCCGUUUCUCAGAUAGAUGAGAGCUCAAUUUUAUCUACGGAUUUAUGUCCAAGUGAACGCUCUGAAAGAUCGGUCAGCCCGGCCAUGAAAUAUCGAUCCCAUGAUUUAUCAUAUGCAGAAAUCCUAGCAUUAGGUUUACGAAAACAAGCAAAAACUCAAAGUAUUACGGCGUUGCCGAAACCACAAGUGGCACAAGUAGAAAUGGUAAAAGAGAUUGUCGUUGAAGUUGAGAAAUCUCCUCCGGUUCAUUACGAGAUAAAGUCGCAAACGAAGGAUACACUGAAGCCAAAAACAGAUAAAAUUAGUGAAAGACCUCAACGAAGUCGUUCUCGAGACAUGCCAAGACAGCGUCGAGCACCAGAAAAAAGAUCAACAAAGGCACAUGAUGUGCAAACGCUUAAAAAGAAAAAGAUGACUAGAAAAGUAAUCGAAGUUCAAGAUUUUGAGGAAAAUACCGAAUUAGUAGAAGUUGAAAAGUCAUCUCCAAUAGAAAUACAUACAAAAAUUAAUAAUGCACCUGCAGAAACAGUAAAUAAAGGAAAAGCUAAAACUGUGCAAAAGGAAGAAGUUAUUGAACGCUUAGAAAAAAUAAUUAAUAUUGAUGAUUCCACUUUAGAGAAUGUAGAAUUAGAACAGAAGAAAAUUAAAAAGAAACAUAAGUCGAAAAAGCCAAAGAGUACAGAAGAUGAAAUAGAAAGGGCUCUCAAAGAAAUUGAAGAAUCAGAUAAGCAUAAAAAGAAAAAAAUUAAAGAUAUAAGCGACAAAAAUAAAGAUAUUGUUACAGAAGCUUUAGAAUCUCCUACUAUAGAUCUUACAGAAAUGAUGGUAGAUUCUAAAGAAAUUGAUACAAACACAAAGAAUAAGAAAAAGAAAACGCAAAAAAGCUUAGACAAAGUAAAGAAGUCGUCUGAAACUGACAAAUUAGACAUCUUGCCUGAAUCUGAAACAUCACAGUAUAUGUGUACUGUACAGAAAUCUCUACUUGAUUCUCAGAUUACAGGUCAAAUUAUUGUAGAAAAUAUUGACACAGAAAUAGUGAGAGCUUCAAAUGUUCCAGAAGCAAAAAUUUUGGAAGUCAAAUCGGAGGACAUUUCUCCUUUACUGGAAGAAAAAGCUUCCAAUGUUCAGGUUGUAAGAACAUCUAAUAAAGAAAGUGAAUCCAAAAAUAUUGAGAUAAGAGAGAAGUCGCCAGUUAAAUCAGAUCCAAUUUUAUCUAGUAACGAUCCAGAAGAUUACGCGAAAACACAAAAUGUGGACACUGGAUCAAUGAAACCAAAAACGAAGAAGAAGAAAAAUAAAAAACAUGAAAUCGUUGAAAAGAGUCAAGCAGUUGAAACUGACAUUGUUUUGGAAACGCCAAAUGAAAACAUGGACUCUUUAGUUAAAGAUAUUAAAAAUAAGGUUCCCGAAAGUAAGUCUGAACCAAUGGCAAACGUAGAAAACAUUAAAGUGGCCGAAAAAGAGAUUGCUAGUACAAGUGUAGCUAAUCAAAGGGAAAAGUCUUCUGAAACCACAAUCGCACAUGAAAAAGUCGAUGAACCCAAACGAAAAUCUAAAUCUAAAAAAUCGUCUACACCUAAAGAUAAGCAAUCGCCUGAAAUACCUUUAAGUGAAAAUAAAGAAUUAGAAACACUAGUCACUGAAGAGCCCUGCAAGGAUAUAAAGUUACAGAAAAAGAAAUUAAAAAGUAAAAAGAUUAAAUCUCAAGUAGAAAAUAUUGACAGAGCAUUCAAAGAAAUUGAGCAAAGUGAAAAAAUGAAAAAGACAAAUGAGGACAAAACUGUUAAUCUAAAAGAUGUCAAAACUAAAUCAGUUAAAAAUCAAAUUGAAUGCACCAUUGAUCAAUCGUGUACUCAAUCUCAGCAAGAAUCAGAAGAAAAUUCUUCAGGUACUCUUAAAAGUAGUAUUAUAACAAUGGAUUGGAAUGCUUUAAUGGAAGAAGAAGAUAUCGCUUUUGAACCAGUUACUGAAAGUAAAGAAACAUCUUCUAUUGAUGUUAGCUCAGAGCAAAUCGCUUCUGAGGUUCUUAUUAUUCAAGAGACAUCUGAACCCUUUACUACCAAAAAGGAAGAAAAAGUAAUAGAGCCUCAAGCUAGUGCUGAAAUACCCACUUAUGAAGAAGGCACAAUCAAUGAGAUAACAAUAUCAAAGAACAUUGAAACUUUACCAAGCCCUACAAACGAACAAAAUAAUAAUGAUAAAUUCUUUUCAACGGAACCCCAUAAAGAACGUUCCAUAAAUGUCGUAGAAGAAAUUACUAACUACAAGUUUGUUGAUCAAGAUCUAGAGACUCGUAAAAUUUACUUAAUAACACAUGAAGAGAAAAAAUUACCGCCUAUUAGAACUGUUAAAGUCUUUAGUAGCAAGUCUAAUUCAUUAGAAGACACAGCUCAAGGCGGUAGUGAAGAUGAAAUUUUAUCAGAUUCAUGUAAAAUCGCUGGCGUUAAUACCGUGGAUAAAGUGGAUGAUAAUUUAGAAGAAAAUUCAAACAAAACCUGUUCAAUUACUGAAUAUGAAUGUAUAACUGUUGAUACUGAAAAUAAAGAAAAGAUUACACAUGAAACUGAAGAAAUAAAUGAAAAUACUAUUGGAUUACUUAAAGUAUUUGAUAAAGAAAAGAGUACUGAAGAAGUAGGAUUAGGAAACAUUAUGCAAAGUUCACCUAAAGAAACAUCGACUGAGGAAAAUAAUGUAUUUGAUAAUAGUACGAAAUCUCAUUGUCAUGACGAUUUAAGUAAGAAAGAGGUUUGUAAUCCUCCUAGUCUUUUGAUCGAAGAAUCUGAAACCCAAAUUUGUCAAUAUGAUGAUGAAGAUAUUCUUGAACAAGCGAUAUUUGGGUCAGUUCAAGAACGGAAAAGACCAGUUGUGAAAUCUAUUCCUUGUAUGGAACUUACUGAAGAAGUAAAACCUUACACAAUAGGCCUCGAUUUUGAACAGUUAAAUUAUGAUUAUUACACCUAUAUUUCUAGUCAACGUAGUAUUGAAACAAAAGAAACAUCUAAAGUACACGAACAAAAUGAAUUAAUGUUAGAAAAUGAUGAUGAAAAAAUAAAAGAGCCACAACAGUCAGACAUGCCUGUUGAAAAAGUAAAACAGGAUAAUUGUCCUGUUGAAAUAAUUUCAAAUGUAUAUUUAACUAAAAUAGAAGAUACACCAAUUUUCAAUGGAAGAGAAAAUCUUAAGCCCUGCGAGAAGGCGCAAAUGCCUAAAUCGAUAUUUGAGAAAGACUUACUAACAUCAAAUUAUCAAGAUUUACAUGAUUCAGAGUGUAGAUAUGGAACUCUGAUUACAGCUCAAUCGUUUAAGAAGACAGUCGAUAUGUCUAAAAUAGACCCAGAUGGUACUGAACAACAAGUUCCUAAUAAAGAAAAUAUUUAUAAAGAUAUGAUGCCAAAUAUGAUUGAAAAAAGUUACAUUCAAACUUUAGAUAAGAAUUUACUUGGAAGUUUAUAUAAACAACUAAAUUAUAAUUACCAAGAUAUCGUUGAUGCUGAAGAAAGAUUAGGUGUUAUUGCUUCUAACAAAUUCAUAAAUGAGAUGUCUCAAGAGCCUAUACCAUCUGAUGCCUCACACAAAGACAAUGAGACCCAAAUACUAGUACAAAGUAAUGAAGUUUCUAUGAAUGAGCAGUCAGCCAACUUCAACCGUGAUAAUUUAGAUGACCAAACCAAUGAUACAAAGCUAAUACCAAGCAUAUUAGAAAUGCCGCAACAAAAUUAUCAAAUUAUUGCAGACGCGGAGCAUUUACUUGCUAAAACAAAACCUGAAAAAGAAUUUAAAAUCGAAGAAGAAAAUAUACCUAAAGAACUUUAUUAUGAGCAACCAAGGCAGAGUUAUCAAGAAAUAUCAAAAGCUGAAAAUCUCUUGGGUAUUAUUAAAUCUCGUAAAGUAAGCAUAGAACCAGCAGUCGAGACUCGUAAUGAGCGUAUAGUAGAAAGUAAUAUUGAUAUUAAACUUGUACAGACCGAAAAUUUAUCUGAAUUCAGCACUUCUGGAGAACAAAUUUCAGAACCUGAAAAGAUAUUAGCUUUUAUUCAAGCAAAAAAAGUAAAACCGAUAUCUCAAAUAGAAGCCAUACAAAGUACUACCGAACGUAAUUUACGAUUAAAUGAAGGUACUGAUAAUGCAAACGAAAAUAUAUCUAGCGAAAUUAAAGCUUCUACAUCUUCGUUUAAUAAAACAAUAAUUGAUAUGGAUGUAAAAGCCAUCAGCUACAAUGAAAUAAAGGACGCUGAGAGAACAUUUGGACUGACUCGAAAACACGAAGUAGCGUCUAUUGAGAGUUCUAAUUUCCAACUUCAAGACCUUGCCUCCAGCAAUAAAUUAGAUGACACUAAGAAGGAGCUCACGUCCAUAUCGAUAGACUCAAGUCAACAAAAUGUUGCGGAAAAUAUUCUGGCUAAUGAUUCCGAACAAGUUCCUAGUAAUGCAGAAAAUUAUUUUGAAAAGGUCGUGGAUGAAAUUGUAAUUGAUUCAGAAAUAUCACAAACUGAUAACAAAUAUCAUGGUAGAGGAAAGAAUGAGUCAACAUUAGAUUCUGCAAAAUAUGUAAACCCACAUACCAGUGAAGAAACUAAAUCCGAAGAUGCAAUACUUGCUGUGACAAUACAAGAAAAAGUUAUGCCUGAAAAAACUGAAAUUGAAUAUACAAUAGAUUUAAUAAGCCACGAGAUAUCCUCAACGGAAAAAACAAGACAUGAAGUUAGCCCAGAUUAUAAAAUUAUAAAUAAAGAUAUUGAUAUAAUUACGAACGUAGAAUUAAACAAAGACAGCCAAUCUACAUCAAUUGAAUUCGAUAAAAUCCCUGAGUUAGAAGUUCCGGACAUAAAAGAUUCCCUUGUGCCUGUGGUGUUUGGUGAAGAGAACAUUGAAGAAAUUCUUGUAGAAGAUGAUUCAAAUAUAAAAGUAACAGAAGAAGAACGUGACGAAUUUGUAGUUGUCGAAAUAGUCAAAGAUGAACUAAGACAAUUGGAGACCACAUUACCGCAUGAACUGUCGAUCGAUAAGGGCAUUAAUGAACCGAAUUCUUCUAGCGAGUUAGUCGAGGAUGCUAUUAAAUUAAUUGAUGAAACUAUUGAAGACGUUACAAAUGCUUCAAUUAUAAGAGAAGAUUCUGUAAAGCAAAUCUCAGCUACAGUAUUGAGUAAUCAAUUGGAUGGAGAAACUAAUGAAAAACAAAACGAACCUUCAGAAUGUACAGAAAUUGAAGCUGACUUUGAAAUUAUUCCGGAAACGUCAAUUGUUCAAACGGAGGAUCAAUUAUUAAUAAGGUCUUCUAAUAUUAUUCAACAAUCCGAUGAGCCUGACUCUAUCUCGGCUGCGUUCAUUGAUAUGGAAAAAAGUAGUUUACUAUCGCCAUCUGUCACUGAACCUAUUGAUACGCAAAAACCAUUUGUUAAGACUAUAAGUACGGAUACUAAUUUGACAAUUAUAUCUCAACCUAAUCCAGAUAUAAAAACUGAACACUUUGACAUUAUUAAUAGAGAAACUAAUAUUGUUGAUACUGGAAAUACACUAACCCGUCCUGAAAAAUCUCCCAUUCAUAGUUUGCAUGAUCUUCUCCCUGAAAUUGAUUCUAUUCCUGAAUUUAAACCUUCCUAUUCAAGCGCAAUUUUGUAUUCCAAUUUGUCAGCUGAUGCACCUGAAUUUACACCUUCGUAUAUGUAUCAGUCUGUUAUUACUGAAAGUAAAUUGAAGAAAAAUAAAGACGAAAAAUUCACUAAACGUGAACAUAACAUUACAGAAACCAAAUCUGCUACUCCUUUAGACGAUCAUCAACUGUCAUAUUCCUCAACAAUGACUAGUAAUCGUAAUAAACAAUUAGAAACACAAUCAUGUUUGCCAGAAAAAAUUGAGUGUCAAGAAACUAUCAAGGUUUCAGUGCAAAGUACACAGGAAAAACAAAGUGAAAUAAAAUCAAAACGCAACAAGAAAAAGAAAAAAGAACAAGACAAAAAGGAAAUGCUUUCGCUACAAAGCCCUGGUAAAGAUGAAGUUCUUCCUAUAGUGACUCCUAUUGCGGAACCAGUAAAUGUCUGGGUGAAAGCUGCAGAAGAAGGUAAAUCUUAUGCAGAAGUAGUUUCUGAAGGAUUAGUAACAGUAAUUGAGCAGAAAGAUGCUUAUAUUGAAACGCUAUUAGAAAAAUAUGAUGACAAUGUAAUUCCAAAAGAAACUGAUGAAAACAUUAUUAUAAGAAAAGAACCUGAAGAGCAAGUAGAAAAACUUGAUGAAAAAUCUAACUCUUGGGCUAAAAUUGUAGCAAGCAAUCGACCUUCUCCAGAGAGAUUACCAAAAUCAGAAAGUAUUCAAACUGAAGUGCAUCAUCCUGUACAUAAAGCUCCAGUUAUUUUAGUAGAUGAAUCUGAUAAUGACGUUCGAAAAUUAGACACAAAAGUAGAUGCCGAAGGAUUUAUAACAGUAGAUAGAAAUAGAAGGUCUAGAUCGAGAUCUAGGGAUACUCGAUCUAUGUCACAGUCGAAAGUGUCACAAAAAAAUAACCUAUCUCGAGACAAAUCUGAAAAUAGAUUUGAUGCUUUAACAUAUACUUUGAAACCGGAGAAUGAGCCGGAAUCUAUUCUAAGUAGUCUAUCAGAUGAAGAAAAAGAAUCAGUCAAAAAAGUAAGAAAAAGUCGACCUUCAAAAUCUAAGGAAAAGGAAAUAAAAGUAAAAGCUACUCAAAUUGCUGCUAGUACUUCAGAUGAAGAAAAGCAACCUGUUAAAAAGGAUAAAAAGAAACGCUCUUCAAAAUCAAAAGAUAAAACAAUUGAAAAAAUAUCUGAACCUGCCGUGGAAGAACCUAUAUUAAAAGAAAAGGAAGAGCAGCCCCUACAAUUAAAAGAAUCUACACAAAGCCAAAAGAAAAACAAGAAAAAGAAAAAAGACAAAAAACUUGGUACCCAAUUUAAAAAUGUUACUGAUACAUCUAUUGUGGAAAUAACAUCGUCUGAACAAGAAAAUAUUAAGAGUCCUAGUGAAACGAAGAAGACAAUCAAUAAAACACCGCUUUCGACGCCAGAAUCCCUACAUACACCUAUCAAAGAUAGAUUCUACUCAGAAGCACAAUAUUGGAAAGUGGAUCCUAGUGGAUUAGAACAAAUCAAUAGCCUAACAGAUAUUUUAACAGUAGAAGUUAAUGAAGAUGAUCCUAAACAAACCAAAAUUAUCCUUGAGGAAAAUGUUUUGGAAACUGCCGCAAUUUCUGAAGAAAUAAAAGAUGCAGAUUCUAAAGAAGUAGAAGAUGUUAAUGAUGUAAAAGACAAUGAUAACAUCAACAAAAUAAAUAUUGAUGUUAAGGAAAACAUAUAUAAACCCAUUUUCGUGGAAAAAAUUUCUGAUGAACUAUCUCUUGAAAAUAAAAUUGCAGACAUCCAGAGAGAGAUUGAAGAAAUGUUGUUACCUGAAAACGAUAAUUCGACUAUGAGUGAUGAAAUUCCCAUCGAACUUACUGAAACAAACGUCUCAAUUGAUGAAUUACACGAUGAAGUGCUUGAUAACAUAACACCUUUGCUUGCUUCACCCGAAUAUGAAGAAGUAUCAAUGCAGCAGGAUCUAAGUACUAAUAAACCUAGCGAUGAGGAAUUAAACCUUUACGGUGAUCAACACGUAAGUGUAAGCAUGAUUGAUGCAGUAUUAGAAGAUACUGAAACGGAAGUAAAAGCAACACAAGAAACGUUCGAAGGCGUACAAGAGAAAGUGCCAUCUGAAGAGUCCAUUAAAAUUAACGUAAAUGAAGUAGGGCUUACCGUAGAGGAAGAUAAAAACAUAAACAAACCAAAAAAUAAAGCACAAGAUAAUACAUAUAUUAAUAUCUCUAUACCCUUAACUACUAACACCGAACCUGGUAACAUUACUAACAACAUAUCAGCCCUAAAAUCAGACGCAUUUUGGUGUAACAAAUUUGUAACUGAUGACGCAGAAAAACUUUUAGCGGUACAAAACUCUAACGUAAUGGUAGAAUCUGAUGCGAUUCCUAUAACUUCCGGAGAAUGCAUGAAAUUAAAAUUGAAUCUUAAGUCCGAUCAAUCAUUUUGGCCUGAAAAAUAUUUGUAUCAUGAUGCGGAAUGUCAAUACUUUUUGUCGUUAGCAAACAAAACAAAAACGAGUUCAAAUGUUCAAACAGAAAUAUUACUUAAAGAUCAAAACGAUAAGGACCGAGAUCCCGAUGGUAGGUCAGGUCAUUCAUCUGAUACAGAAGAAAAAGAUCCGCGUCAGUCGAAUGGAUCACCUUUCGACUCUAACUACAUGUCAAUGGAUCUUCCCGGCGGCAUAUGUAGUUGGAAAGAUCAUAGUUCUUACUUAAGCUUAGAGACACCUACUGAUUCUUUUACCGGCCCGUUAAGCGAGGACACGCCUCGCCUCGAAGUCGACAUACCAGAGGAUAAACUAACAGCCCCUUCCCUCGAACCCGCUACCGUCCCUUCACCUAAACAGGAGGAGCUUAUAGAAGAAGGGAUCCCGAAGGCAGCCAAGGAUGACUUAUCUAACGAUAUUGAAACGCUGCUUGAGGAAGUCAAAAUAGUACAAGCGAAUCUCUCAGAUCUGCCGGAUGAAAGUCUCGAUGCAAUGGAGGCGGGACUGCGGGAGGGGAUAUCAAUUCUAGUCAAGUGUGAAGCAGCGGCUGUUUUGUUGGAGCAGAAGAUCAUGGAGUUCCGACAAGAAACAGAGGUGCAGAUCCUGUUAAAAGAACUUGUCAUGAUUAAAGCAAGAAUCUCAAAAUUACUUAUUCAGGCGCGUCAAGGUCUUACCACCAUCCAGGACGCAAAAAUAGAACUAGCACGUCAAAAUAAGGAAGUUGAAGAGCAAAAAGAAAAGAUUGCCAAACUUGAUCACUGGCUGGAAGACAUCAAUAAAGAACUAAAACAGUCGACCAAACAUACAGACGUGCUCACAGAUGACGACAUCAUCAAGUAUAUCGAAAUUUAUGAAAGAUAUAUUCGAGAAUAUGAGGAAUAUGAAAUUUUAAUACAGUCUAUAAUUGUGAUAAUUCGUGAUGAUUCUAGUCAAUUAAGAGAAAAAUUGAAUGUUACAAGAAGAACUUUAGAAGAAACAAGAAAUCUAGUCAUUAUUGAGAUUGAAAGGCUAAGGCAGUUACUAAUACACAUUAGAACAGCUCCUGAAGUUGUAGAGGAUGAUAUAUCUCAAACUGAUCGAACAAUCGACUCUACUUCAAUGCCUGAAGAAGUUGUUUCACCACGAGUACCUGAAUAUGAACAACAAGAACAAAAUAAAAUUAUUGUAGAACCUGCGAUGGAAAAAAUUGAAACAGUUUCUAAACUAGAAGAGAAAACUGAGUCUGAUGUUAAAACGAAAAUUCUAGAAAUAAAGAUCCAAGACAAAGAAUACGCAAAACCAAGUGUAACUAUUGAAACUCAGACCGGUAAAAGCCUCAUGUCUGAUGCUCCAGAACUUGUUGAUAAAUCUGUAAUCUGCCAGCCUGAAGAGAAAAUAACUCAUGAUAUUUCAAUAACUUGUGCAUUGCCAAAGGAUGUAGAAAUGCAGACAAGUGAACCAAAAUCUGAAAAAGAAAUAUUGGAAAAUAUUCAAGUAAAACAGAUCGUUUCCGAUGGUCACGAAACUAUUGAAAUCGCCAGUCGACCUGUUACACGAGAUCAAAAGACCGAAGAUCAAUCUUUGUUUAUUGACGCCCAAUACAAGGACGAUAACAUCCAUAAAGAUUCUAAAUUAACUAUCACACAUAGUUUGCCGCAAUCGUUUGAAACGGUCAUGGUAGAGCCUGAUGAGACAACGACUGAGGUAGUAGUUGAUGCCGACGGUACAAAGAGGAUCAUCGUUAGGAAAAUUAGGAAAACGCUAGUUACAAGACAACAAGUACUAACCGGUCAACCUGAGACACAAAUGAUUUUCUCUGAAGACGUUCCUCAAGAUCAAAUGAUGUCACAACUAAUAUUGAAGCGUGAUGAAGGUUCUACUUCCACGAUGUUAGAUGAUGGCGGUGUAAGGCACGUUCAAUAUCAGAGUUACGACGGACAAGCUUUGGCUGCACUACCUGAAAAAGAAGUAACAAUACACGAAUUCACAUCGCGACCAGAUAUGGUUAUUACAAUGGAAAAAGGAAUGAAACCUGAAGAAAUUCUACAAAUUGCUGAAGGAGAAAUUCAACCACAGAUACAAACAUCAUCCUCUAGCGUAACAGCCAUUGUACAGCAAGUGACAAAACGUAUCGUAAAAACUAAACGUCGCAUUAUCCGUCGAGUUGUCGUAAUCGAUGGUAAGGAGCAUGUGACUGAAGAAGUUGUUGAGGAGCCAGAUGUCGAGGUCUUUGAAGAACAAAUACCAAGAGUGUCGAUAAGUGUGAAGGAAGGUGGAGUCGUUGCCAGUGACGUAGGUGAUAAACCUGAAGUACCUCCAGACACCGGUAAAGGCGACAAACCACAAGAGGAAAGUAAAGAUAUAGAAAAAGAGGAUAAAUAUGAAAACUUAGAAGACUUUUCAUAUAAAGAAGGAUCUGAGGCAAAAACAACACAAGAUCAGAAACAACCACAAGAAUCUUCUCCGUUAGAAAAAGAAUUAAAGAAUGUUUCAGAGGAAUUUAUUACAAGAGAAAGUGAGAUAAGUAAUUUAAUCGAGUCAAACACUCCUACAGAAAUGACAUACACACAAACCAUGCAAACAAAAGGCCAGCCUCAUACUAGUGAUGAGGAUUUCAAGGGUGAACAUAUUACUUUAAUUUCUAGCGGUAUUUCAACAUUUGACACAAUCUCAUCUAAUAUAUCCACUGUUGUUCAGCAAGUGACAAGGAAGAUAACUACAAAAAGAAAACGAAUUAUUAAACACAUACAAAUAAUAGAUGGCAAAGAACACGUUACUGAAGAAGUUAUAGAAGAACCAGAUGAUGUGGAAAUGUUUGGAGAAGAUCCUAAUGUGUCACACUUUGUUCAAGAGCAAGGAGAACAAACAAAACGUAUUAAAAUAAUUCGUCAAGUUAAUAUAAUUGAUGGAAAAGAACAUGUGACAGAACAAAUAAUAGAGGAUCCUGAGGACGAUAUGAAUGUCUUACAAGGGGGAAAACCUGAUAUCACAGAGCUUGAUGAAGAAGAAAGACCUAUCAAAUUAGCAUUUGCCGAAAUUGUUGAAAAACCAAAGGAUAGAUCCAUUAUCGAUAUCACUCAAAAUCUUAUUGAAAAGGAAAUGGAUAAAUCAGCUUUGCAUGAACCAACUCCAGAAAAAGUUAUAAGUAUAACUACUAAGCAAACAGUUGUUACACCAGUAGAUUCAUCACCUGUAAUUGUAGAAGAAACUUCUGAAAAGCCAGAAGAUUCUGAAAAACUACUUAAAAAUUACCAGCAAUCACAAAUACGGUCUAUUAUAACCAGAACAAGAAAACGCAUUAUAAAACAUAUACAGGUUAUUGAUGGCAAGGAAUAUGUGACGGAAGAAGUCAUCGAAGAACCUGAAGAUGUGGAAAUUGUAGAAGGUGAACCAAUAAAUACAAUAACUCAAGAACAACAAGGUGAAACCGAAUUUAGUGAUCAAAUACACGUCCGUACUAUUACGAAAAGAUCAAGAAAACGUGUAAUAAAACACAUUCAAAUUAUUGAUGGAAAAGAGCAUGUGACUGAAGAAGUGAUUGAAGAACCUGAUGAUGUUGAAAUAAAUGAGAGUGAACCAAAAGUAUCCCAAAUUAUUCACGAACAAGGGGCACAAACAAAACGUAUUAAAAUUAUAAGACAAGUUCGUAUAGUUAAUGGUAAAGAACAGGUCACUGAACAAGUGAUAGAAGAACCUGAAGAUGAAUGUAUUGCUCAUUCAACUGUAGCCGCUAAUAUAGACGUUCAAAUUGAUGACUUGAACAAAACAAAGCCUGAAAAAGAAAGCAUUAUAGUUAUUGCUGAAGAUAAAAGCUUGAAACAGGAUGAAGAUGUUUUACCUCAAAAAAUAUCUUUAGUAAAAAUAGAAGUUCCUAUUCCCCCGGAUUCGAUCUCGGAAUUAUCCAAGCAAAAAGAUGUUCAACCGGAAGAAAUAGAGACCUUAAAAUCUGAAACAAAAACAACAUUAUUAGAAGGAUCAGUUAACAGGCAAGUCAUUGCUACAAAUGAUUAUUUAAAUAUAGUUGAAAUGAAAAAACCGAAAGAUCUGACGCCUAGUGAUAUUUCUCAUCUUCUUAUACAAAGUGAAACUGAUCAUUCUUUACCUUUACAAAUUGCACAAAAGAAACCAUCCGAUGAUAUUAUAUUAAAAGAUGAAAAAGCCUCACCUAAACAUGAAAUUAUUGAAACUAAUGACAAAUUAGGUGAUGAAAAUUAUACAUUUAAACCUUCUGAUACAUCUGAUAUAAAAAUAUUGAAAAAAGAACCAGAAAAAUCAAAAGAUGAUGAACUGAUGAGUCCAGAAGAUGAGACUAUUGUAAAGAAAAUUACAAAAACAGAUAAACACAUAAUAAAACAUGUUAAAAUUAUAGAUGGUAAAGAACAUAAUAUAACUAAAGAAAUCGUCGAGGAACCUGAUGAUAUUGAAAUUGUGGAAAAUGAACCUAAAAUAUCUCAUAUUCUUCAAGAAGAAGGCACUAAAACUAAGCGUAUCAAAAUAAUAAAACAGGUUCAAAAUAUUGAUGGCAAAGAACACGUUAUGGAAAAAGUAGUAGAAGAUCCAGAUGAUCAAUAUCUUGCUGAUUCAACUGUAAGAAGUACUAUUGAUGUCCAUGUGGGUAAGCUAGAACCCCAUCAAAUACGAAAACCAGCCGAUAGAUCCUUAUUAGAUCUCACUAAAGAACUUAUUGAUAGUGAAAUGGGUCAUACCUCUGUAUCACUGAUACCAGUUCAAGAAACAGAAUCUGCAGAUUCGAAGAAAAUUGUACUAAGAAAAGAAGAAUCAGGUAAAGAAUUCGACGAGGAAGUAAAAACACCAUCUAAACCACAUGAACAAGAAUUAAAAGAAACGUUAUCUUAUGAUAUUGUUCACAAACCUAUUGAUCUCACAGAACAAAACUUAAUAGAACCAGAUCACAUUAAAGAAAAUAUCAAAGAUAAAAAAGAAGAUAAAUUGCUUAAAAAUAACGUUGCUUUAGUAAGCAGCGACUUAGAUAAAAUACCUAAAGAUACGGCAGAUAUAACUAUAUAUAAAAAAUCUGAAGUAGACGUAAACCUUUCCCAGAUACCUGACAAAGACUGUGAAAAUAUUUCAGAAAAACUUGAGGGGCAGAAUAAAAGUUUAAUUGAUAUUACAAAAAAUCUAAUUAUUACCGAGUCGCAAUAUUUAGUUUCAAAAGAAAUUAGUCUGCCAUCUCAGCCUCUUGAAGAAUCUCUUGAAGCAACCAAAGAUCCACAAUUUUCUGGAGAUGAAAAAUCUACUGUGGUACCUUCUAUAGAUACAAUAAUAAUUAAAAAAGGAGAUACAUGUUCUUCUUCUACUGACAAACAAAGUAUUUGUGUUGAUGGAAAACAAAUCAAAUCAAAUGAAGAAAAUAUAUUAGAUGGAACUGAAGAAGUGAAAGAAAUACCGGCUAUCAUUCAAAUAAUUGAAACAGAACCCAAGUUAAGCUCAGUUCCUCAGGAUUCAUAUAAAGACCAAUUAGAACAUAUCCACAAAGUACAAAAUGUUGAGGAAACAGAAUAUGUCGCAGAACUCUCCAAAGAAAGUCUUCCUAAAACAGCUGAUACUGUCGAUUCACAUUUACCUGAUAAUACCAUUUACAUGCAAAACGAACCUAGUUCUACAAUAUUAAAAGAGUCUGACGAAACUUCAUCAUCCAAAAAACCUCUAGAUUUAACAAAACAAUUAAUAGAAAAAGAAAUGAUUGAUGAGACCGGUUCUUCUAAAGUAGAAGAAAUAGUUCCGAAACAAAUUGAUUUAAUCAAAACAGAAAGCAAUCAACUAAAGGUUGAACACAUUCCACAGACACUUAAAAACAUAACUGAAGAAUUUUUAUCGCACGAAUCAAUUUCAAAAAUCGACGAUAAAAGAUUACCUGAACCGCUAUCAGAAAGAAAAUCUCCUACUGAAAAAAUCACUGAAACCUUUGCACCGACGGAGUUGGAUACUGAGAAAUCCAAACACAGUAUCACUCAAGUAAUAAAAACUACUGAGCAUAUUUAUAAAGCACCAGAUAGUCAUACAAGCUCCAUUGAUAUUGUUAUAAAACAACCAGUGAUUAUGACAAAAGAAGGUUUGGAAUUCGAAGAGGAGUCUGUGCCCGCAAAAACAUUUAAAAAUGUUAUUCAUCUAACACAAGAACAAAUUCCAUCCUAUAAGAAAGAAAGUUGUAAAAUUGAAGACAUUCUUCCGACGCAGUCUUCUGUAAAAGUUGAACCAUUAGAAAUUGGAACAAUAAUGAGCGAAACAGAUAUACACAUGAAACAAAAAGAACCAGAAGUUUCAUAUAUUCAGCAAUUUAAGCCUGCCGAACUAGAAUCGCCUGAAGUAACUGAAAAAUGUAUAUCAUCAAGCAAUUUAAUUUCUUCACAAAAUAAUCAAAAUAUCGAGGAUUUGUAUCAAUUUGGUAUUAUAGAAGCUCCUACAAAAGAGAAAUCAUACGAUAUUACAGCUUUUAUUGAAGCCGAAAGGUUGGAUAGCCAUUCACGACAUAUAAUUGAUGCUAAACAAGAAAAACCGGUAACAGAUGAAAAAGAAACUACUGAUAAUACUUCACAUUCAAUACCGCCAAAUGAGAAAUCCGAAAUACUAAAAGAUAUUGGCUUGAAGGAACCAACGCAAACUAUUGACAUUUCAGUUGGUCUUGAAAAAAGAGAUAAGAGUAUGAAAUUUGAUCCAAAGUUUGGCAUGGAUAUAAAAGUACAAGAGUUUGAAACUGGUGAAUCUUUAAUUAUAAAGAAAGAAAUAAGGGGUCAAUUGCCAGCUGAGAUUAACAUUGUCGAAGAACAUUUGAAAGUAGAAAAAAGUGAUGACAAUAUAAAAGAUGACACAAACCUUCAGACGACUUCAAAAGAAUUAGUUAAAGAUAAACUUGAUAUACCUUUUGAGGAAAGUGAAGUGGAACCACAACAGAGCCAUAUAUCCGCAGAUACAGAAUCUUAUAUUGAUACCGACAAAAGUAUAGCGGGUACUGAGAGUUCAUCCUUAAGGCAUUAUGUUGAGUUACAAUCACCAACAUCUAUAGAAUCUCCAAAACCUACUGGUGAUUUGCUGGAAGUAGCAAUAAAUAUUAGUGAAGAAAAGGAUGUGCCUCUAUCAUUAUCCACAGAAUUAGAACACACAGAAGAGAAGGGAUAUGAACCAGAGGAUACUUCCUUAGGUAAAGAAAUAGUCCCAGAAAAGAAGAAAAAACAUAAAAAACGAAAAUCUCACGCUAUCAGUGAAGAAACUGUUUAUCCAAAGCAAACUACAACUGAUGAGGAAACAGUUGUAUCAACACCUGUGGAAAUGAAUGAACCAAUUCAGCAAAGAAAAAUUAAGACCAAGAAGGGUAAGAAAAAGACACCAGCUAGUGAUAAAUCUCCUGAAGAAAAAACAGAAACAGAAGUGAUAAAACCUGAAAGUCCUAAACUUGGAAGUGAAAUAAUAACAACUUCACCUCAAGAUGAAUCUUACCAUACGUUUAGUGAAACAUCAGAUAUAAAUACGGUUAAAAUAGUUGAAGAAUGUAUAGGUAGCAGUCCGGAAAUUAUUAAUAAAGAAAUUUCGACUACAGUCACAUACCCAGUACCAAUCGUUGAAGAAAUCGCUACAACAGAAUAUUCUGUACAAACUUCUCCUGAAGUACAAGAAUCUGAAAAUGAAGAUAAAAUAGAAAUACCGAAAACUGAGACUAUUGAUUCUGAAUUACAAACUUCUCCUACGCCGGUCAGCGAAGCAUUAAUACAAACAACACCUAUAGAUGAUAAAGAAGUUCAUACACAAACAUGUGAGGAUAUUACUAUUUUAGAAAAGGUGGAAGUAUCAGACUCACAAAUCCAGACAAGUAGGACAGAAACACCAGAACAAGUUAUAACAUCUGAGGUUACUACGCAGGUUGUCUCAAGAGAUAUAGAAACUCCUGAUGACAAAUUCUCACAAACUUCGCCAAUUAUACAAGAAGAAGAUAAACCAGUUGUGGAAAAAGAUAGUCGUGAUAUACAAACUUCGCCACUACCACAAGUACAAAAAGAAGAGAAAAGUACUGAAAUUACUGUAGAGACAACUGAAAGUAUUAUACAAACAAUAGAUCAAGAGGUCACCGAUAAAGAGACAUCAACUACACCCGUUAAAACUGUAGAAGUACAAGAAAUCAGCAUUCAAACUCCUGAUGUUCCUCUUGUGACAACAUACACUCAAUCUGAUUUAUCGAUUGAAGAAGAAGCAUUAAGUAAAGAAACAAGUCCUCGCUUACCAGAACUAGACCUCAAAGGUAAAAUUGAAACCGUUGAUAGUACUCAACAGACAUCUCCGAGGAGAGAAUUUGAAGAGGUAAAACCAGAAUUUGAUGUAGUGAAAAAAGAAGUUAUUAUGAUUGAUAAUAUACAGCAGACUUCACCCAGAACUGAAAAUCAAGUUGAACCACCAAUAGAGUAUACUGCAAAAGAAAUCGUUACUGUGGACAGCACUCAGCAAACUACGCCUCGAGAAGUCCAUGAAAUGCCGUUUGUAUCUGCUGUAGAAGAGGUUGCUAAACCUAGUGUAAUAACAAUCGACAGCACUCAACAGACAACUCCUAGAGGCUAUUCAGAAGAUUCGAUAUCAACAUCUACCGAUGAACCAUACGAAGUUCAUUUACGAGCUCAAAUCUCUAUUCCACAGGCAACUAAUAACUUCAUUGAAAACGAACGUCAGACUGAACAAUUUUCAGGACCUAUUUCGAGUGAUACUCAUAAGCCAAGGAAAAGGAAAACUAAGAGAAAAACUGAAUCCCCAUUGCAAUCACCUGGUAGUUUAUCAGAUCCUAUUAAUGCUGAACUUUCCCUUUCUGUUACACCAACAAGCGAGGAUUUGUCUAGUAAGGACACAUCUUCAAUAGACGAGGGCAUUUCACAACUAGCUAGUCCGGUCUUCCCAAUUCCACAUACGCAAGAAAGGCACAUUGCAGGGACCAAACCCACUUAUUCUGAUGUUGUUCAGAGAUCUAAAUCGAAAUCACCCUCUCCAUGCAAAACAGUAUUUGUACCUAAAGAUGAAAAGACAAGACUAAUGAAUGCAAUGGAGAAGAGAACACAAAGCCUUCAAAGGAUAUCAGAAGAUGCAUUAACUGUAGCACUUAUUGAACCGAACGUAGAAAAAUCCUACAAUUUGGUUGUAAAUAAAGAACUUGAAGAAUUUAAAAAUGCUGUGAAAAACAAUGAUACAGUUAAAAUGGAAAAAAGCGUUAUCAUUGUGAUUGAAACCAUAUCAAUUUGGUUAGAAGAAAUUCAGUUUAAAAUUCAAAGACAAACUGUUAUAGGGGAACAGCUUCCUGAUGAAAAAGAACGUGUAAGAGAGUUAGAGCAGUAUAUCCAAAAUUUGAAAGAGAUUGUUUAUGUCACCGAAAUUAAUGAAGAAAUAAUCACUUUAAUAGAAACACUGACACGUCAAGUAAUUGCAGUAGGCAAUCUUAAUAAUCAAACAUCAGUGUUAUUAAAAGAAAGUGAAAAGGAAUGGGAGAAAUUCUUGUCAGAUGUCAAAAUAUUAAGCCAAUCUGUAGACGCACACAAAUCUAGGUUAGAUGAUUUAAUAUUAUCCGAAAUACCUACUCAACGAAAACUUGACAGUCUUGAUAAAUUUGAACUCGAUAACGUUAAUAACGUUGAGUCCGCUAAAAAACUAUUCCAAAUAUAUCGCAACUUUAUCGAAGUAAAUCCGAAGAAGGAAUGUCCAACCAAAUUAUAUGAAUGCAAUGAUGACAUCAAACAUAUAGAAAAUACAAUCAACACAGAGAGAGAUCGUCUACUACAACUAUCAUCAUUAGCUGAAGAGUACGAGCAAACCUUACAGGACUUUGGACAAAUCACGGAUGUAGCUGAAGCAUUACUCGACGGUAAAAUAAUUGUAUCGAACUUAGAUCAUCUUCACGAGGAAAUUCAAAAACAUAGAAAGUUCUUUGUUAACCUUAGUCAUUGCAGAGCUAUUCUUGAGUCGUUAGAAGACAAUUUGGACAAUGAGACUAGGACAAAAUACUCAUCACUUCAUCAUUCUCUGCAUGACAGAGCAACUAUUAUAAUUGACAGAGCUGCUGGUCGAGCUCAGCAAAUGACGUUAGCAGCAUCAAGGUGGAGUGUACUUGAACAAAAUAUGAAAGAAGAAAAGCAAUGGCUUAGAGUGGCUGAACAAAGAAUCCCUGACCUCUCAAAUGUUACAUCUAUCGAUAACGAACAAUAUAUUAAUUUAUACCAAUCGAUUAGUCUCGAUGCUUCUCAACACCACGCUAAAAUGUUACGCUUGAUAUCUAUUUCAGAAGGACUUCAAGGCUUAAUAGUUUGUUCGGGAUUAGAAUCUGAAUGUUCCAUUGCACUAGAUAUUUUACUAAAACUUCAAGAAGAAGUGGACUCGCGACUGACACGUUUAACUGCCUUUAGGGAAAAUUGGCUAACGUACGAUCAUUUAAUUGACAGAAUUGAAGGCUGGAUGAAACUUGCUAACAAGGAAUUAGAGCACAUUACUUCAGACAACAUAACAACAACUAGUAACCUUCGUCGUUUCUGGGAAUUAAAGGCUCAGCAUGAAGUUCACAAUAACCUAAAGAAUGAAUCAGGAGUUCAAUUUGAUAAAGCGCUCGAAAUUCUGCCUAUAUCUGAUGAAAUGGUUCAACGCCAAUAUUUCUCGAAAGUCGAAGACAAAUGGCGUGAUUUGUCGUCUAGAAUCAGCAAUAUUCACACAUCUGCCAUCAAAAACAUUUCUGAUCGUGACGUGCCUUCCAACGAAAAACUAAACAUCCUCGAAGAUGAAAUGAGAGAGCUACGGUCUAUGCUGGACAGCUUGAAAGGCGUAAUCAAGAGUGAAGACGAACUAAAUCUAUACAUAGAGAGAUUACAAGUAAUGACCGGUCGUAUUGACAGAAUACAGAACGAGCUAGGUAGGCUAAGUCUGCUACCGACAGCCGAAUCUGAAAGAUUAGGCGUUCUCUUAACACAAUCAGGAAUACUAGAUGACCAAAUCGCUGAAGAACUAGAAAGGAGUUUGCUUUUGAAAGAAAAAAUAGUUCAAGUCCAAGCUGGAAUAGCGCGUUGUCAGAAGAACCAAAGACGAGCGAAACUGACUUUAGAAGAAUGUGAGGCGGCAGAACGUCUUGGCAGUGACGUGGUAGAAGGAGCAUCACAAACAUGUCAAAAAUUGAUUGAAGAUCUAUCUGCCCAAUGGCGGGAUAUACUCGCUUUGAGGCAGGCUUUACACACGCUGCCUACUGCUCUACGCGUCUGUGUGUCGCCGAUCGGCGUAGAAAGAGACAUAUCUGCUUUACAGGACACUCAUUCAGAAAUUGAAGCCGCAUGUAACGAUCUAAGCGUUCGUUUGAGAAGUAAACUGCAAUUAUGGCGACGUUUCGAGAGACAACUCGAGAUGGUGCAGGGCGCAGUGCGGGAGGCCGACUAUAUGGUCGAGCUCCUCACAGUGCAGGGACAGGUUGACUACGACCGUCUGUUGAAAGCCACAGAGAAACUAGAAACGCUUAGCGAGUCCCUCUCGCGCCGUAGCGGCGAGCUGGUGGGCUCCCUGCGCGAGGCCGCCGAGCCGCUGCAGGCCACCACUGAGCCGACCAUCGCAGCGCAACUACGCAAGGAGUUGGACGACGCGGCCGCCGCAUAUGAACAUACUUGUGCUAAUUUAACACAGCUGUGUGAUAAGUACCACAAAGCAGUAGAUCUAUGGAAGAGGUACCGCGAGGCGGCGGCCUGCGUGCGCGCCUUCGCCGAGCAGCACGAGGGCGCCGUGCACGCGCUGCGCCCCGCGGACGCGCCCGCCGCGCACCAGGCAUGUCUAGAACAAGAAGCACGUGUAGCAGAACUCCGUUCCUUGGCCGCACGAGUGGCAGCGGAGACAGGAUCCAGAGCACUGCAAGCUGAUGCAGAUGCUUUGGCCAGGAGGCUGCAGCUGGUAUCUGGAGCGGUGCAGGCCUUGGCUGAUCUUGGCGAAGCCAGACAGCUGGCUAGGGCGAAAGCCCAGCACGCUAAGGAGAUGUUCUUUGACAUGAGACAGGAUCUAACACCAGUCCAUGAAGAUGGCGAAAUCGUUGAAGACAAAUUAAUAGCUCUACGUGAUAAUCUUAUUGCUCUGGGUAAAAGCGAAGCAGAUAUAGCUCCCGCUAAAGCCGAGCUUCCUGAUAUUGAUAGAGACGUUUCAGAUGAACACUCUAUUGUUAGGAUAUUGGAACUAUGGCAGGCUAUGUUCAGAGAUACAUUCCUACAUUACCACAGAUUAUCAACAGCGUUAGUCAGAUCAGGUGAUGCUGCGACUGCUUUGAGACUAUGGCACGAAUAUUUACUAGACCUUCAGUCGUUCCUAUCUGGUACAGUACCAGCGGACUAUGAAAACCUAACAGAGCAUAGGCGGUUAUGUCGUGUACACAGAAACCUCCUAACAUCUCAGCGAUCUGUACUAAUGAAUGAAAAUAGAGAAAGCAAAAAUCGUGAUCUAGCUGAUAAAUUUGAUACCCUUACAAAUCUUCAUAAUGAGACUUUGGCGAGGAUCGUCGAAAGACACGAUGAAGUAUGUACACGUAUUGCCGCUUGGGAUGAAUAUAAGGAUAUUUACACAGAACUGCUUAGAUGGCUAAAAGAAAUUGAAAGAGAGAAGGAAACGUUACAGCUCAGAUACGUGCAUAUAAAGAGAAUACAUAAAAUCCUUGCCAAAAUUCAGAAUCUCGCCGACAAAUUGCCCGAAGGUAGAAAACUUUCGGACAAACUUUUACAAAACCUCAAGAAAGUUCUCGUAUUCACUGAAGAAACCUAUGCAGCCUCAGUACGAAUGGAAUAUGCAGGAAUCGUUAAGAGGGUGGACAAUUUGCAAGCUAGUCUCGACACAUGGCGCGACUUCCUUACUCGAAUACUCGGUCUUAUUGGCGAAUACGAAACCUUAACUGGUGAUUUACAAAAAUUGUACACCAAAACGCAAGGUGAUAUAAUGUCAUAUUCCGAUGAAGACAGGUUAUCUAGGCCACAGAUAAAAAAGGCUGUAGAUAAAUACACCGAUUUAAGAACUAAGAUUGAUAAGACUGAAACACAAAUUGAAGCUCUUAGCGUCAUCCAAGAACAAUUAAAGGAAUGCCUUAGUCCUCAGGAUAUAAGAAUAGUUAACCAAAAAGUAUGGCAGUUAAGACAACAACGUGCUGAUUUAGAACAUCAGUUAUCAAUAAUAAUUCAUAGACUACAAGAAAGGUUAGAAAUCUACACCGUAUUUGACUCAAGGCUCUCUAGGUUUAGUGAAUGGAUGACGACACUCGAAUCUCGUCUAGAAACUACAACGUCUACUAGUGAUAUUGGAGCAUUCGAUCCACAGGAUUUAAUUAGAAGGAUAACGUCUGAUAUUCAAGCAGAAACUGCUCUUAAAGAACGCGAAUUUGAGUGGCUUAUUGAAACCGGAAACACUUUAGUGGACUUGUCCAAAAAAGACGAAAAAUCAUAUAGUAAAAGUACACUUAAACAACUGAAAGAUAUACAGGAAAGAUGGCAUAAACUACAAGAAACGGGAAGAAAUAGAAUAGCCAAAAUAAACGAAUUACUAGAAACUAUUUCAAAACUUGAGGAACGUUUAACAGAAAUUAGACUUAAAUUACAUACAAUAGAAUCCAGUCUCACGACAUCUGUUGUAUUAGAACACCUUACAACCAAAGCCGUAGAUGCCAAAUUCCAAGAACGUGACGAAAUACAUAAGAGCAUUGAGAACGAGAGUGGAGAUGUUGGCAAAACGCUGAACCACUGUGAGCUAGUGUUUAAUGACCCUGACGUACUCAAAGGCAACUUUGAUUUACGAAACUUGCGCACUGGAGUUGACAUCGUCGAAAAGAAAUGGAAAAACAUCUGUGAUAUGUCCGAACAACGUAAAAAAGCGUUAAAAGAGAUCCGCAAAUCCGCUGAAUUGGUGAACUCAUUAUUACCAAAAUUGGAGAAGAAAUUGGACGCAAUAGAAAAACGGGUGGAAAAGAUCGAAACACGUAAACAACGCGGUGAACCAGAAGACGAGAGUAUAUCGAAGAGUGUUCUCAAAGACUUGGAUGGUUUAGAGUCGGAUAUUAACAAAUUAGAGGACGCGUAUAGUCGCAUUGUCUCGGCGAGAGGUGUGGAGGUUCGAGGUUCAGCAGCCGAUGAUGCAUCACGACUUCGGUCUUCAGUGAGGAAGUGGCAACAGUUACGUGGGCGGUUGGAUGCUGCCGGUGCAGAUGCUCACAAGCAGUUUGUAGCAGCUCAUGGAAAAGCUGUCGUGGCUCUGGCCGAAGCAGAUGUUAGACUGACAAGGGCUCUACAUCUAUCGCCUGCACCCACAGAUAAAGUCGCAACUCUUAAGGAAUUAGACGGUGUGGAAGAAGAUCUGCGAGAGUGUUCCUCAUUAGUAGACGAGGCAGAUCGUCUGUCGGCGUCAGUGGCAAGUAUAGCGGGGGUCUCGGACAUGGUGGGAGAGUACCGCGCGCUCUACGCGGACGUGAGGACGAGGCUCGACCUGGCUCGUGCUGAAGUUGUUGGCGACGUCGACUCUGCUGUGCAGGUCGACACACUGAAAUGGGAGACCGACGCAGCGUUACAAGUUGACACACUAACAUCCAAAGAGACCUAUCGAAAUGAACUGGCUUCGGCUGUUAAAGAAACAUCCGAGUCUCUUGAAGCACUCAGAACGGCAUUACUCCAAGAAGUAAAGGAAAAUGCGAAAAGUGAUGAAUUAGCGAAUGCUGCUAAGGAAAUAGCUAAAGCUGGAGCAAAACCUGAACAAACAUUAGAAUUAGCCAAGCAUUUAUCAGAACUAUUGCUAACUGAAUGUGACGCCACAGAACAAGAAGCUAUGUUAAAAGAAGUAGAAUCGUUGUCUUUGAGAUACGAAGAUCUUCUAACGCAAGCUAAGAAACGCGAACUACAAAUAAACAACUUGAGGUUGCCCCACUCCGCGUCGUACGCUCUCACGUGCGAACAUGAAUCUGGUCGUCUCACGUGUCCACUUUGUUCGGACCGAAAUUGGAAGCAACUAGACAACGAUCUCUGGCGAUUAGAACAAUGGCUGCAAUUCGCUGAAGCAACGGACGAGGCGAGAGUCGACCCGCCGGAACAAUAUGACGCUCUAGAAGACACAAUACAGGACCACCGCGAGUUCCUCCUGGACCUGGACUCGCACAAGGCGCUGGUGGUGUCCCUGAACGUGGUGGGCGCGCACGUGACGCGGCACGCGCGCUCGGCGCGGGACGCGGCGCGCGUGCGCGAGCGCCUCGCCGCCGCCAACGCGCGCUGGGACGCGGCCUGCGCGCGCGCCGCCGCCUGGCAGGCGCGCCUGCAGGCCGCGCUCGUCAACAAUAGGGAGUUUCAUGAUAUUGUGGUGGAGCUGGUGAGCCAGCUGUCGGCCGCGGAGCGCUCGGUGCGAGCGCGCGAGCCGCUGCGGCUGUCGCGCGCCGCCGCCGACCUGCGCGCCGACUUCCGCCGCUUCAGCGAGCUGCGCGACGAGCUCUCGCGCGCCGAGCCGCGCGUGCUGGCGCUGCGCGACGCCGCCGCGCUGCUCACCGACGACGCGCAGGACGUCUGCCGCAGAUUGGGAGAACUCCGUCUCCGCCUGCAGUCCCUGCGCAAGCUGGCGGGCGUGUACGCGCUCAAGCUGGGCGCCGCGCUCGCGCGCUCGCCCGCGCACGGCUCCGCGCUCGCCGCCGCCGCCGCCACCGCCGCCACCGCCGCGCAGCUGAUGGAGGAUGAGCCGCCGACGCUGCCGCCAUUAGACGAGUCACUGACAGAAGAGCAUGAACAGCAACAGUUAAGCAGCGUACAGCGCGGCCUUCGCUUCGUCAGUCGCGUGGCGCGAGCCUCGCUCCCGUUCCAGGCGCUGCUGUUACUCCUACUGGGCGCUGCCGCCCUGGUACCCCUCUCACCAGGGGACUGCCGCGGACCCUCACUACAACCCGUACUACGCUAUCCCCAUGGACCUCCACCCCUA